AUGUUUGAGGGCAAAAAGACGAAAAACAUGUUCCUCACACGAGCUUUGGAGAAGAUCCUGGCCGACAAGGAGGUGAAAAAGGCACACCAUUCACAGUUGAGAAAAGCCUGCGAGGUGGCAUUAGGUGAGUUGUGUUGUUUUCGCCUCACAUUUGAGCUGUCUUGGACUCAUUGAUUUAGACACGUCAUGCACCCUUUCACUUAUUAACCGGCUGUUCUGCAACAAUGUCGCAGCGUUUAGCAACACAGCUCCUCUCAAACUCCUUAUACACUGGCUGUUAACACUGUGCCAAAGUCUUGUAUUGUGAUUUCGCUAAAACUUGCAUAUAUAAUUGACGUGGCAAGAGUUCCGUGGAAAUGAUACGGUAUAAAACACGGAAAUGGUGCAGGAGGGGUGGGUGUUUGCAACACUGAGCCGAUGCUGCGAAACUAGUGGUGAUGUGAAGACAGGCCGAGGACCGGACAGAAAACAAAGUUGUUGGCGACUGAUCCCGUCUUUAAUAUGAAGUGUACCAUCACCUAUACCAGAAACUCUCAUCAAAUAGGAGCUGUCUGUGUCCAAACUGAUUCAUUUAUGUGCCUAACUCCCCUCCAAAGGGGCGAGUUGUUUGUGUCUCUUCCUGGUACACAGGAGACGUAGCCGUGCCCGUUGUGUAGGGUGUGUUAAGAAACAAUGUGUUAGUUUAUCACUUUUACUCAUUAACCUGGUGAAUUAUCAAAGCUUUGGGCCCGCUCCCUUAUGAUUAUGUUGUAAAAUAGACGUCAACUUGGAACAGUAAUAGCAGAAGGUGACAUCUGAAGGGAGCUAUUUGUAUGCUAAUCAAACGGCAAGUUUUCCGUAAUGAAAACACUUUUCCGGUUGAAGCUUUAAUGAAAUUCAUCAACUAACUUAAGAAACACAAAAUAUUAAUUUCAUAGUGCAAAAAAACAUUUGAAUUAAAAAGUGAUUCUUGCGAUUUGAACGUUUCACGUAGCAUCACAUUCCCAAACGACAAAGUGACUAUGCAAGCUAUUGUCUGAGUGACUGUGCUUUUAUUGUGAAGUGAAUGUUACCUGACAUCCGGUUUUAAUUGAAGUAUAGGCGGUAGCUUUAUAAAAGUAUUUGUUAGCAGGUGUAUUUCAGAAGUAUGCCCUUUGUGGAGACUUUCAACAUGUUUAGGCAACAGAGCUAAAAGUGAAGUUCACAUUCAGAGUAGAUAAGUCAUAAGCCGGUCUAUUCAGUUAGCUUUUGAUUGAUUAGAGUGUUGUUAAACCUUUCUGUGUUACUGAACAGGCUGGGAUCUGUCUUGUAGUAACCUGUAACAUGACACUACCAGAAAAAAAAAGAAAAAAUCAACAAUGGGCAGCAGCCAUGCAUACUACCUGUCCAGACAGUUGCUGCCUUGUUUGACUAAUUCAGCUGUUGCAGGGCUUCGCAGUGGCCUUGGAGGCUAAAUACACUGAAUAUGUUUGUCAGUCCUUGCUGUUUUGUUUUGUAAAACCCACCCUCCCACACCAGUGUUUCAUUACUUCCCCCACUUCCCCCAACAGAAAAAACAGUGCCUGUAGCAGGAGGUUAGCUUUCCUUUUAAAGAGUGAUGUACUGUCAAGCUUGGACACUGAGAAAAAAGAUCAUUUGCCUACUCCCACAGAUUGUCCCACAGAACUGUGAUUUGUGCACAGUCUCUCUUGACCUGAGGAUCAGAGCAUGAAAAGCUGGAUAGAUGAGGUCACCAGGCGACUGUCUUGAGUGAGUCAGUCACUCACCCUGUGGGUUUAUACGGUAGAUUUCAACAGUAUACUAUAUUCAGUAUAUAUAUAUACACACUGUAGGCUACUGCUCUUCACGCCGACAGGAAGACCGACUAAUCAAACUCGGACCAGAAAAGCGUUUUCAACUACACCCCCAUGAGGUUGCUGCGCCAUCUACAGGAUAAGUCAGGGAACUUUUCAAAUGGAACAUUUUCGAAGUGAAACUGAAUCUUGUUCUCUGCAUUUUAUCUAUCUAUCUAUCUAUCUAUCUAUAUAUAUAUAUAUAUAUAUAUAUAUAUAUCUAUCUACAUAUAUAUACACAUUAUAUCUAUAUUAUAUCGGCGACUUUCGGCCAAUUACCGAUUAGUCUCAAAUUAGCUAAAAUUUGCAGAUUUAAUCAGCUCGCCGAUAAAUCGGUCAGGCCUUAAUUUUUAAUAAAAUGUAGGUUAUCCAUAAACAACCACUUACAGGUAAAUAGCAUAAAGGUUCGAACUGUCAAGUAGCACCAUAGCUUAAUUGAAAUCACUUAUUUUUGGUAUAUAUGUUCCUGAAGUACUUGAUUCCGAUUGGUCAUUAUGUAGCAACAUUUCAUAGCAAAAGUCAACUUUUUUUAAGAGCAGACUGUUGCUAUGGGGAACAGACUGUUGCCAGGGAUGUGGUCGACCAUCUGUAAACAUGGUAAUGUGUGGAAGGAAGUUUGGUGCAUUUGAUGAUGGGGAAACUAAAGAGAGAAAAACAAUGGAGAAAAAGCAAGAGCUCUACAAACUGGAUAAUGCAUUAUGCAAACACUUAACACAGUAGUGGAUGUGACAGUAUUUAAGAUGGGACAAAUGGAGAAGAAAAUGUUGCAGACUCAGACAGUGACAAAGCAGAAAAACUCGUGCAGGUGCAGUGCAGCUUCAUGUUGUCCUUGUUUAAGUUGUCCAUCAAUAAAAAUGACUGGUUUCACAUAAAUAACAACAGCUGGCUUUUGUCAUGUCAAGAAUAGUGUUGGGGUAAAUCUUAAUUUGUAUGCUGCUAAAACUGUCAGUCUAACAAACUCUUCUAAAAAAGAACGUACUGAAAUGAUGGAAACCUUUCCUAUAGUAGCAGUUGGUGCAAAAUUAUUGUUGGCUGGUAGUCUUGUAAAAAGUUGGAUAACAUAUCUUGUAUGCAUCAGGUCCUGCUCAUCUUGUUGGGGUUCCAACCUGCUCAAAGACCUUCCUGACUAUAUAUUAUCCUUUAACUGAUGCUGCAGCUUCAUUUUUAACCUCAGGUGAUGUUUUGGACAGUUUAUCUACAAUAUUGUAAAUUUAGAUUCACCAGAGAGCAUUGGUCACACAGCUAGUUGAGGGUCUUUUAAGGUCAUGAAAGUAAAUAGUACUCAGCUGAGUUUUAGUAGUAUAAUUUUAUCACAAUAAACUGUAUGUACUACACUGGUUUUCAAGUCUUCCACCAAGGGGUUGCAAAAUAAAAAUGCCUUCUCAAGUGAAGCAGCUUCACCGUAGUAGUGGAUAUCAAAAACGACUGGGUGACCCAGUAUACUGAGUGACUUACAUAAUCUCCUCCAGCUCUAGGGGCCUCAAGACAUCUCAGAGAGAGUGCCUGUGCCAGAGCCUCCUCUUUAAUGACACCUAAAAGUUCCCCUGUCAUUCAUUGACAUUGUUCAGAACUACAUAUGUGCAGCUUUUUGUGUUACACAAGCUGGAGUUCAAUUUAGCUUUUCUGGUACUCAGAUUCCUAUUUGUGCAGGUAAAGUAAUCGUACGAGUUGUUAUUUUGGCUGCAGCCCACACCUGAACUUUAUUGCUGCAGGGUACUUAUAGGGAAAAAAGGUAGAAGGCCCUGUGAGGGUACCUCUACCAGACAGCGAAGCCUCCUCUCCCCCUGACUGACCUUUCACUUGGAUGAUCAAAAUGUCACACAGCAGUUUCCGAAAAAGAAUACCUUCUCCAUUUCUCACACACUCUAACCUGCAGCAUUGCAGGCCAGGCUCCUAUUAUCUUUGGAUCACAGUCGGCCUCUGUGAGAGGAGCUGUCUGAUAGUGUGGAACAGAAAGAGAGUUAGACUGACAGGUAACUAAAAUAUCAAAGCCCCUCAGGCUGGUUAUACUCACUUCCUUUCAGAAGCAAACAUAGACCCUUUUGUUCCUGUUGAUAGUGUCCUGCGAUGCCAGCUCAGUGGAUGAUCAUAGUUUUAAAAGCGACCUGCCCUCUCUGACUUGGGGAGGUUUUUUGGGGGGGUAAUGCUGCUGCUAAAAAAGACUGCCUACUGUGAAUCCAACCAGCUGAGUCAGGGGGAGUCUGUACAAGCUAACACGUUGGAAGGAGUGAGGACUAGUUUCAAUGCUAGUGGUCCAUUAAGGAGGUGAGUCUUGCUGAGCACAUCGCUCAUUAUCUCUUCCCUCCUGAGGGUCAGCUGCAGAGGUCACAACAACCUGGAAACACUUUAGCUGCUGCAUUUCUGAUGCCCCCCCACCCCACCCCUGUUUUUGUUUCCCUCAGACAAAUAUUCUGUUCAUGCUGUGGAUGCAGAUAUAAUGAAGAGAACUUCCCUUUGUCUAAGGCCUUUGUUGUAUUCUCAACAUGUCAAAAAUUUACGGAGUUACUUAAGCUGCGGCCAAUUAAGAGUGGAAAAUAUGGCUUAAUACUGAUAUCAUAGUAUUCUUUUUUCCAGUGACAGAUUAUAGUGUGGUUGUGGAAAAUGCCUACCCCUUAUGGUCCUCCUUUCCCUGAGUUUCCCCCGAUAAAAGUGCCAUUUCCAGAGGUGGCUGUUUCAGAACCAAAACAAUUAGGGGCUUUUGUUGUGAGAAGCUUGUCAGUGCAAGAAUCAUUGCUCCAAGGUUAUUAAACAUUCAUUAAUUUCACAACAGUACCAAUGUGAAGUACUAGUGUGUUAUUUAUUGGUACCUUUUCAAGCUGAAAUCACAUAAUACAGAAAAAAGAUGUACAAUUUCUGUCCCUCCCUUUUGAUUUCAGAACAUAAUGGAAAAAUAAGUUAGCUAAGAUGGCUUAGUAACUCAAACUUGCCUCUAAUGUUAUUCGAGUGUAGUGCCGGGAGCACCAUGUUUGACGUGUUCGACUUUUUUACUUUUUUAUUUUGAAACCAGUUAAUCAUUCUUGCCUAACAUUAUUGCCAAAAAUACAGGUUUUCAUUUUACUUGUGAGAACAUUGUUAAUUUUAAUCCACAAAGUCUUGUUGUAGGAGGGCACAUUAUUAUUGAUGCCACUUUGCUUGCCAGCUCGCCCUGAGAUAUUGACAGAGUGGUUGCCUGUGGUGUGUUCAUGGUGGUCUGAGGGGUUUGACAUUUAUUAACUUUGAAUAUUUUGCAACAUGGGGCAGCCAUGAAAACAGAAAUUAUAACAACGAGGUGCUUCAAUGACAUGGUCCACUGACUGACUCUAGGCCUGCAUCAAUGGUAGUGUUUGUUUCCUUUAUUUGAUUUAUUAGUCCUUGUAUCCUCUAAAUGGAUUUAAACCAGUCCUUCAUCCUGUCAUACCUGUUGUGUGUCUCUUAAACAAUACUUAGGUUGUUUAAGUCAGGAGGUGUGCGCCAUAAAGAGGAUUAUGUACAACCUAAAGAAGAGUGGUGCCUCUGUUCUAGUGUUUGUUUUGAAUGCAGAGAUCUCUAAGAUUUUCACAAGUUUAUCAUUAAGUAUCCUCUUAAACUGAGAUUAAAAUUUUUCAACAACACCGCUUAUGCUGCGUUUGAGUUACCUCGGAAGUCAGAUGUCUGAGCUGGGAAUGACGUCACACCCGAGUUAUCAGCGUUUCAGAUACCAAGUCAGAAAAAAGCAAAAUCGUAGGCUGAAACAAGAUGGUUACAUCUUAUUCUAGCGCCUGCCAAGUCCUUAUGACUUUGGUUGAUGUAGCCAUGUUCUCAUUCCCAGCUCAGACUUCUGACUUCCGAGGUAACUUGAACGCAGCAUUAUUACCCUCUCCAAUUAUACUCCAAGUUAUCAUUGAUUAACAAAAGGGUAUUAAAAAUGGCAGACACCUGCUGCUGAAUUUAAGAAACGUCUUAAAAUAAAUGACUGCAUUGUUAAAUUCAAGCUAACAAUGCAAUUGCAGUUGCUGCUGCCCAUUCACUGGAUUUGCAUUUUCUGAUGGUUUGAAUAAAAACCAAAACACAAACCUCAUGAUUUGGCAGGUUAAACUGAUGCUCCCUCGGCUCUAAAUUUGAACCCAGAGAUGGAACAAUUUUCCGAGGUCAGAAGCACAUGGAAUAAAACUUUCAGUCACAAAUGAAAUCAACAACAGUAACAAACAAGCAGUUCUUUUGAACCAAGCUCAAGGCCACUGCCUGCCUGGCUCACCUUUUCUUCAGUCACAAACCUGGCAGGGAAGCCAACGGGCCGAAUGCACCUCUGAUCAUUGAAGGACGACAAACACAUGCUCUUUUGUGAUAAGCUGCAGCAUAGUCGCCACAUGCUCACCCACGAUAAGCAAUGGGCUAUAAAUGAUCACAUUUGUUAAUUAGGGCUUUUAUCAUGGCUCCCUGAGGACCACUUCCCAAAAUAUGAAGGGGGUGGGAUGCUGUCAUGUCAAGUCUGUUUGUACUCUAACUGAAUUAUGAAGCAACCCCUGAUUUUUUGUAUCUGACAACCUUUUUACCAGCGUCCCUCAUGUUGUUGGCAGAAACGUAUGAACCCUGAAGUUAAACUGAUGCAGGUUCAUUUGGCUUUCCAUGCUGCAGAGGCACAUUUGGUUUCUUGUUUAUGAAACUCACUGGCAUGGCUGAGGAUGAGAACAUUAAAAUGAGGGGAGAGACCGCAGCUGUCAGCUACAAUUUUCUAUCACAUAUAUUGAUCAGGGUGCUGUGAAAGUCUAUGACUUGAGUUACUCUUUAACGACUAGAUUAACAGAAAUCAGAUAUAUUUGCAUGUGUGUGUCAUCCCAUACUCUAAACACGUAAAGAGGAAGUUCCUGUGACAAAUUUGUGAACAUCAUGAGCAGAUUUGUCAGCUGAUAUUCAUCACAAAGACUUCAAAUGAGGGCAGAACAUUGAAUCUAAAUAUGUUGUGUGGGUUACAAAGUACAUUAUAUGUGCUGAGAUCAACUUUUCCAUAAUCAAGCUACUACCUUGCCCUAAAGGAAAGACAAAUGGAAAAAGGGUGAGGCCCUUGUGCCUGGUUUCUGUCUUGUUUCUCCCCUCCAGACUAAGUGCAAACACUUUAGCUUACUGUAACCCCAAAGGUUGACUGGUAUACAGAUAAUGAGCAGUCAAUAUGGCAGGUCUGGCGCUCACUCUGAGAGCAUAAAUAAUCCUUUUACCUAUAUGGAAAGGACAGUUAAGAUGAGAAGAGAGUUUUUUUUUUUUUGUCUUCCACUUUCUAAUUUAUUUUCUUACACUGAUACUUCCAUAAAUAAUUCAAUAUUUCUCUCUGCUGAUGUCUCCUUCAGUCCUGGGACAGGUGAUAAAUUAAUUAUACGGCAAACAGAUGAGGAGAAGGAAGAGAAACCCUUCUUUUUCUCUCUUUUGUUUCUGUUUCAUCUUUUGGGCUGUGUAUUUGUUGUUUGUAUCCUCCAUUGAUCUGCCAUUAAUAUUCAGAAGACACUGGCACCAAGUAUCACCAUUACUAAGUAGGAUUGAGGAAUGAACGUCUGUAAGAGGAACUCAUAAGAAAUAAGUUUUUUUCCAUGUUGUGAAAUGACAACUUCAUGUUGGGGGCAACAGAUACUGUUUUGUCAGGGCCAAUACCAAUAAUCAAUAGCUUCUUACACCGAUGAUUGAUAGUUAAAACUGAUAUGCACUGACUGUUAAAAUGAAAAACGUUGCUUGAUUGCAGAUAGCAAAUGUUGGAUCAAAUUGGAACAUUCAACAGUAAACCACUUGAACUUACUGUCCAACCAUUCAGUCCGCUUUCUUUAGCGCAACGUAGUAGCUUAUUAUAAUGGAAAAGACAUGCUACAAAUAAGCACUAUUAAAUUUCAUUUUUCAUAUCAUGAUAAAUAUCGACUGAUAUGAAAAAAAACUUUUGUGAUAAACUUUGUCCCAUAUCGCCCAGCCCUUCUUGGUCAUGUGACAUCUAAUCUAGCCAAUCAGAUAUUAUUGUUGGUGGGAUAUUAGGUGAGACUGUAUGGUGCAUGAAAAACAGACCCAAAAAGAAAGGCUGAUACAGAUAACGAGCCAAAUGUCAAAAUCAGCCCAUCUUAGUCAGUCUAUUCCUACUCUUUCCACUGCCCAUACACGCAAUUAGAUGUUAAGCAAGGGCACUAAAAUUGUUAGCCAACUCCUAAUGUGACCCAACUUUGCUUUGUGACUCUAUAUUUCACUUGAUUUUACUGCUAACUAAUAAAAAAGUGUAUGCAAGACAAAUGAUACGUCUACACCUCAGUUUUUUGAGUCAUUUUGAAGUUGACACUACUGUAGUGGAAAGUUCUGUUACUCUUGUGUUAGCAGUCAUUACAUUUCUUCUUGCCAUCUUCCUUUACUCUGCCAACCUGGCACUUGUGGUUACAGUCAUCUCGCACCUACAUGCAUCAACAGAGCUGUCCAACAUGGCUCUGCAAUGCUAAGAGCUAAGAAUAACAAUUUAAAACUAAAUUUCUCUAGAAAAAAUCAUCAAUUAGUCAUUAAUUAGUAUGACAAAAACUUUGUAAGAAGUUGUGUAAAAAUCUUGUUAUAAGUGUUAUUUAGUUUUUGGAUAUGACCCCUGUCUCAUCUGUUAACAUGGAGGCACUAUAACCUUGAUUGCAGCCACCCUGAGUCUUUUGGCAUUUACCUUCAGUACGCUGUUAUGUCAUCCAUCUUUUUAUACAAUCUUCAAUGACUAAAGAUCUUCUUUGACGAUAACACAUUGCUAGUAAGAGACAUCAUGUUGUUGUCUACAGUCAAAGUAAAAGCCAAUUUACUUGCUUCCUCUCUCUAAGCGAAAUACAAAUGUAACAACAAGGUGAGAUGUUGACUGUUGUAAAAGGACAAAAGUAGGUUUAAAGUUGUUAACAGUACAAAAGCAGCUCUGAGAGGACUUGUAGACAAAAGGGGAAAAGUUUUGUGUCAUCUGCAAAGAAGGGCCUGGAUUUUACACAAAUACUUCCUUUUAACUGUUUGUAAAAUGUGGAAGAGUAUACUUGGAGUUUAAUGAAGUUUAACUGUAGAGUUGUUGAUAGUUCCAACAAAGUUAGAAGAACUUGAAACUAAGCUUGACUCAAAAGAUUAAAAAAAUCAACUAACUGGUCGUGUCUCUAAGAGAGCUUUUUUCUGUGUUUUUUUAACUCCAUUAUAGCUUGCUGUUAAGCAUGCUGGGACCUACAAAAGGGCAGCUCUGACGAGGAAGGGCACUCCAGCUGAAUGAGCUGAGGAUGCAGCUCAGUACACAUAUUUAUCUCACACUGACUCGCUAUUAAUCUCCAGCUUGUGCAGCACAAUCCUGCCCAACUAUAAUAACCUCAUUUCUGAGGACAGAAAAUGCAAUUCAUAGCGCCGUUGCAGAGAAGUGCAAAAUCAUGUAUCAUCAGUGGAGUUAUUAGAGAUGAAUCCAUUUCAAUAACAAAGCCAACAGCUGAGUAAUCAAGGCCGUGUGGAGGCCGAGUGCUUUGUGACUUUUUGGCCAGAAUAUGAAAGCCUGAAAUCAGCCAGGAAUGAGACUAUUGAUUAGACACAGGCUUAUGCAAGUGUGAGUGAGUGGGUCCAUUGCACACAGACCUAACACACACAUAGACACGUACAAGCAUGUCCAUAUACAUGAACACACACACACACACACACAAUUAGGUAGCCCAGACAACCUCUGACAGUGUUUCCCUCUUCCCCUCCAAAUGUAAUUACUGCUAUGCAACCUUUCCUUUCAGCCUGAACAAAAGAAAUGUCAGGGGGCUGAUUUUUCUCAGGCUCUCUGUGGUGGUCGCUGCUGCCCUGUGUUUAUCUGUGUUCAGGAGGUGGACGUGGACACCUACACAUAGAUUCCUAUUUAGAUUAGCCAGAGCUGGUGUGCCUCAUUAUCAUCCCCACGGACAUAAUAUUAUUACAGCUUGUUCUUAAGCUGCUUUUGCUUUAUAAAUUAUGCUGGAGACAUAAAACUGUCUAUGGCAUGAAUGAUGAAGUCAUUGUCAUGUGCUUGACGAGGCAACCUUUUACGUCUUUACCAUCAUAAAGCUCCACUUUAUAUCCAUCCUAGCCUUGAGGGUCCUUUCAUACCUCCUGAGUUUAUUCCCCACAAUCUCACACAGCUUCUUUUACUUGAGCUGCCUGAACAGCAUACACAGUCAGUGGUCUGUUGACACACUAUCACCAUGACCACUGGUUUCUAUCAGGGUAAAGGCAGACCAUGCACUGGAUUGGAUUUUUGCUGGUUGCUGCAUACAAAGUGGUGAGAGCCAACCAUGGGAGGCAUGCCAGGUGCAGAUGGGCUCUAAGCUGUUUGAAAUGGAAAUAGUACCGCAUGAUGCACUGCGCCCUUUCUCAGUAUCUGACCACUUGCUCAGGUAGCAAUGACCUCUGACCUGUCUGUAGAUGUGUUUGUGUGUCUGGAAGCCCUUAAUGACGCAGUUUGUGUUCAAAUAUUACUGAAUUAACCUAGCCAAAAACGCUUUUCUGGUCCGAGUUUCAUCAGUCGGUCUUCCUGUCGGCGUGAAGAACAGUAGCCUAUACCUACAGUUUAUAUAAUUUUAAUAACUUAAUAAAAAAUUUAAUCAGUAAUCGAAUUUUUCGCCACUAAUAAUCGGUAUCGGCAUCGGCCCCAAAAAAUCCAUAUGGGUCGGGCCGUAAUUUGUGAGAUGUGCUACAUGAAAAUAAAAUACAGUAUAAGUAAGACAUACAUAAAAAAAAAGACAAAUGCUAAAUUAGCUAAACAGUUGGAAAAAAAAUGUAUAAAUUGCAAUAUAUUGUAUCGCAAUACUCACUGUAUUGCAAAAUGUUAAAAAUCGCAGUAAUAUCAGAUCGUGGCCCAAGUAUUGUGAUAAUAUCGUAUCGUGGGGCCACUGGUGAUUCCCACCUCUAGUUUUAAUGUGAAAUGCCAUACACAGAAAAGACCAAAAUACAUUUUACUACAGUGUUAGAAUAAGACCUAGCAUGAUGUUUCUUUCUUGUAGCCUCGUAGUAUGAACACCUCCACACACACACUCUCGCUCAGCACGUGGAGCUGUGAGGGACAGGUUUAUAUAGCUGAUUUGUUUUGGAUCCCAGCCUUGUCCUUGUCCCUGCUCUCUCUCUCUCUCUCUCUCUUUCCUCUCUGUGUGUCUGAGCUUGCUGUCCCCUCCCUGCGAGCUGUUUCUUGCUGCUGGUCUUGCAGGGCCUCUCCAGAGAGAGCUGUGUGUUGAUCCACAGUCCCUCUCGCUGGUGGAGCAGCCGUGUGCCGGCUCUGCUCUGUUUUAAUUGACAGUGUGUUAGAGCUCUCCUGAGAUUGUUGGUGUGUGUGCAUGUUGAAGUAUACAUGCAUAACAUGUUUGUGAGAGCACUGUUGCAUCAGUGGUUGUUUUAUUGUGAUUCUGCGUGUGUGACGUUCUUGACGGCAGAAUGUCAACUUAUUGAAUUAGUGUUGAUCCGACAGCUUCAGUCAGCAUGAGUAUUUUCCUUUUUCUGGGUCUGUGUAGCCCCACUGACCUGUCUCUGCAUGGCUCUGCCGGCUGAACACACUGAUCAUGAAGUCUACUCUUCAAGUUUCUUUCACAGAACAUUACAUUCAUAUUGUUGCUUUGUUUACUCUAAACUUUUUAAAAUACUAGCCCUGCUCCUGACAGCCAGCUUUGACAGAGAGCUGCAGGGCUACAUCAACAAAUAAAUAGCAGUCGGGUAUUUUUCAAUGAAGUGUCCACAUUGACAGCGAGUGGAGCCCCCUUGGGUGUAAAUAAUGGUUACUUUCCCCUUUUUCAACAACAUUUUACAGAUUUACUUCACCACACAUGAACUGCUGCUGGUAAAAGAAAGUACUUAUAGUUAUAGUAUUUGUUUGAGCUUGGAAUGAAAAUGUAAAUCCUGUCCAAAUGGUCUUUGAUGACAGACUUACACUGACGCUUUCUUUUCUGCAGUUAUUGAGAAACUGUCAGAUCUUUUAUGAACGCUGUAAAGCCCUAAUACAUGCAACAUUGCCCGCUUUAAAGGACUUAUGAAAGCGUCUUUUUCUUGCUCAGUGUAAACAAAAUUUUGAAGAUCUAAAGAAGUGAAAAUUGAGCCCUCCUCCCCUGCAGAAAAGCAACUUCGGUAACAUUCAUUGUUACUCACAAAAACCUAUUGUGUAAAACCUUUGGACUGAAAGAGGAAAAUGCCUUUUCAUCUUCAGAACAGAUUUGUAACUGUGUGUGUGUUUUAUAAUGAAAUCAUGUUCUGCACACAUCCACUUUUCAUUCGCUCAGUGCUCUGUGUCCCUGCUGCAUAUCUACUGCCUCUUAUUGAUCAGUAGGACUAUUAUACUAUACUAUUACACAGUACUGUUUGGAUCCGUCUUUGUCAUACUACUUUAUUUUUGUACAUGCACAAGAUAAUCUAAACUAAACAUGAACCCAUGUGAUUAAAAAUAACCUUGUAACACUAUCAUUUGUGGUAACACCUUUGGCUGGAGGGAAGCUGUUAUUUUUCACUUUAACAGUUUCUCUUUCUGACCUUGACUGUUCAGCUGAAACAUUUUGAAAGCAACAUCUCAACCGAUUAAAUAGAAGCUCCAGGGCUAUUAUUUUCUUUCUGUUCCCUAAACUUGAGCGUGGCUGUGAUACCUUUUAAUUCUGUUAUACAUAUUGAGUUACGAAAAAAUACAUAAGUGAAUUACAUGCAGCAUGUUUUUUUUUUUUUUUUAUGGGGUUCACAGGGUUCACUCAGCCCUCUGACAGCUGCUCUGACACCUGCAGGGGGAUGUAGAAACAACAAGUGGUCCUAUGUUCAUAAAUAAUACAAUAUUUUCAACUCAUGUGCAGCUACCAUUUCUUACAAGGAUCAAAGUCAUGUUCAACCUGUGUCACCAGCCCCAGGAUAGAGACUUUGUCUCAUGCAUGGUUCUGCAUCAUGUGAUUCCCAUGGCUGCACUGCACGUACAGCAUAAGCUGCAGGUGUGGGCACUGAAAGCACAACAGCUUUAUUAACAGUCCGCUGCAUUAAUGAGCUCCAAGAAAAGACGGGUCUGAAAGCGGGAAAACACACACUCUAAUGCAGCCUCUCCUUGAUGAACAUCUGCCUCAACAUCAUGCCAGAGUGUCUGUGAUGGCAGGAGCGUUAGGCGCAUGUUUACUCUUUGCAGGCGGGAUACACGCGGAUCCUGCAUGUACAGCAGUCAGUUCUUUGUGUGUUCAAUUUAGGGCUGCGCUGAGAUGAUAUCAGACAGACUUUGAUUGUAGAUUGAUAAUGGAAAAUAAGAAACGGGCUACUUUUGCUGUUAAACAACAGAAAGUGGCUGAAUGACGUGUUUCAGGUCAUAUGAUUAACCUUGUAUCUUUUGAGAUGUGACUGAUACACAUGUCCAUUGCAGUUACAAACAUUUUAUCAUUUUUACAGUCUGAUGCAAUCUAGUGAAGGAGUAUUCACUGAAAAACAAGCACCAAGAAAUCACAUGAUACAUGAGUCCGAACACAAAAGAAGACCUGCGAUUCCACUGCUAAUGUUUCAGGCAAGCUGUCGUCCGUUUGCGGACACUCCCAGCGGGGUGCUUUAAAGCUGCUGCUGUCUGGGGAAUGCUUUGUCACGCCACUAAAGCUGGGUGGCACCUGGGAAGAAACUGUUAUACUGCUAGUAGCUCCUGUCAUCAGUGAGAGACAGGGAACAGGUUGUUUUGUCGAGCGGGAAUGAGAAUCAGGUGGGGUUUAAUGUGAUGCACCACGAGGGCAGACAACCGUUCUGCUUGUAUGUGCUAAUGAAAGUUGAACUUUCUAUAAUGUGUCAUAAUGUGCUGUAGCUUCAUUUUUAGCUGCUCCUCAGUAUUUAUUUAUUCUGUAAAAGUUGAGUUAAUACACAUGUUUAUCUUUUGGCACUACUGUUUACUUUCAUCCAAACCUAUAAAUUCGCAUUUGGAUCAUGGGUGUGAGCUAAAAAUGCUUCAAGGACUUUGCUCGUGGUUUCCUGCUCGAGUGGAGCACAUUCUUCAUUCCCUCGGCUCAGAUUUUCCUCCAGAUAUUCAAGGGAUUUAAACUGGUAACCCCGCUUCAAUCCUGCCUCCAACCUUUGGCUUAGGGUUGGCAAAUACUUCCCCUGCUGAUUCAUCAGUCUUAUCUAUUACAGCUUUACAUUUGCAUCCUGAGAGGCUGACUACACCAUUGUGCAUUUGAUAUCUAAGCCAUGAUCAGCUUUCAGUCUAGCUCAGUAUAAGUGUGACUGAAAGGAUCACUGAUAAGCCUCUUUGUAACAUGUAGUUUUAUCAUUGGAGCAUGGCAGAAACCUGUGUUUUUCUCGCUGUCAGGCUCACAGACGACGUGUGAUAUUGCCGCAUUUCGGUGCGGCUUAAGAUGUGUUCAUUUUCAGUCGCACACUGUCACCUGGAGCAGUGAGACUGUUUUGUCUUAUAUCCCACAGUCCUCUGAUCACAUGUUCAGCAUGUAUGCACUACAAUGUCAUCACUGUGCUGCAUAUAACACUAACAGAGGUGGCAUUUGGUUGUUUUGCGUGAGAUGUCUUUGAGCUGAGCUGCUGAAGCUUUCCCUUGAUGUCGUCAUCACCUCAUGUAUUUUUUACAGACAGUCUUGUCUUGUCAUGUAGGUGUCGUAUGUCAGACUUUGUUGCUCUGAGCGACCAAGGCUAUUAUGUUUGCUUUAAUAAGUCUGCCACUGAGGCUGUUUCACAUGGUAGUUUGUCUCUCUUCUAGCAAAUAUUUUGAGGAGGGUGUGAUACAUGUAUUAAUCUUGUUGUGGUUGGAAAAAUUGAAACUGCUAUUUUCAUACGUCAACAAAGUAGGUACAGCACAUGUUGAAGUGAGUCAUCAAUCAGAAAACUCAGGAAUUUGUAAGUGUUUACAACCUCUAUCUCCUGUCUGCCAGCAGUGACCACUACAGGUACAUUGUGUGAGUCCAUAAACAACAUGAGCUUAGUUUCCCUGCAUUUAGAACAAGCUUUCGCUCAUGGAGUAUAAUCUAAACAAAUGUAAAAAUGGAUUCUGCAAGUAUUUAACAACCUGUAUAAGAGUUGCUGCACAACAGCAUGUAACCCUGUCAGCAGCAUAAAAUUGAACACGGUAUCUGAUACGUUUUGCUCCAGAUUAUUCACCUAAAUAGAAAACAAAAAGGGGACUAGAAGGGAGCCCUGAUGCACACCUUUAUGGAUACUUAUAAUAUUAGCACAUAGACAGUCGUGCCUUGUGCAUUAUCAGAGAGUCCAUUAACCAUAAGUCUGUGCUUUUAAAGCUCAUGGUCAGCUGUGUCUUAAGGAAGAGUGCUGCACAGUGUUCCUUCUCUUAGAGUGCUACAGAAAUGACAUCUACCACCUUCAAUGUGAUAGUCCGAUGCAUUUUUUCUUGUUUUUUUCCCACUGUAUGCUUCAGUAAUAUUGUAUGUAAAAAUAACACAAUAACAUUUGUAUUUUUCAAAGCACAUGGUGUUAAAAAGCUCAGACAUUUUGACAACCAAAGUACCGAAACAGUAGCUCUUAGUGUGGGUUGAAAUGCUCUCUGAAAUCCAGGAAGUAUUUUAUUUCCCCAUCAGGAGAAAGAAAAAAACAAGAGUAUCUUUUGACAAUGGGGAAGUACCUGUCUGAAGUGCACAUGUGUGUGUGUGUAGACCCAGCUGCAUUCAUGCAUGUCAGGUCUGUGCACUUGCUAGCCCACAGAAACCCAAACCCACUCAUGCCUAUUCUAUUUCCAGGCUUCGACCACAGUCACUCCACACUGGAGAGCAGAAAUGAUUAGCCAGCUUUAAGGCAGCUUUUUGGGGGUUCCUUGUAUGGAAAAAUAGGGAUUCAUGCAAAGUUAAACUCCGGUGAAGAGCUCACAUCCAUGCAGAAUCUGGACUGACUUUGGUUUGGUUGGCCAGACUUUGUGGACAUUGCUGCUCAAAUACUCACAUCACCCACCAAACGUAGUUAUGCACCAGAGAACCACUCAAUUUCUACUUGUAUAUGACCUACCCUGUGUCUCUUGAUGAUGAAAUGAUAAAAGUGGGACUUAAGUGUCUCUUUAGGGAGCAUUCAGCGCCCUGGCAUUAACAUUCAUUUAAUGUCAUGUACUUUAAGGAUCUGGGUCAAAGUCAGAGGAGAAAAAAGUGCCUUGGAGAUGAUGCAAAUGGUUGAGGUGAUAUGUAGCUUAGCAGGCUGCUCUCAUGCAUUAUGAGGCUCUCAAAGGCUUUGUGUUGAGGUUUGGUCGGGGCUUAAGUCACAAGAGAGCACAGUGGCUUUCUCUAAUGUAUCUGGUCAGGCAAAUAGGUGCCUUAUGUAUUCUACCUCACCACUGGGGUUUGGUAAAAGUAGCGUUAAAGCCUCAGUGUUAUAAAAGAAGUGUGUAGGCCAGCCUUUUCUAUUCCCACCAGGAGCUGUGUUAACAAUGCUUUUUUUGCAGAAUCAGGCUCGUAACACAGUUUUAAUUAUUAAAUUAAACAUUUAUCACAAUUUGUUCUGCAACUAAAAAUCAAUUUGUUUUAAGAGUUUCUUUGAGUAAACUUUUUUCAGCUGAACUGACUGACUAUAAUUUUGCAGCUGUAUUUGCCGAGAGUAGCUUCUGUAUCUAUAGCGAAUGAAGAUUGGCAUAAUUUUUUUCACUGAAUGCACCAAUUUUAAGCUUUGAAGGGUUCUUUUACUUCGACUUCCAGUAUCACAUUUCUCAGGUUUCGCUCGCUAAUUCACUGAAGCCCCUCAUUUGGCCUCUGGUGUUUUUCAUUUGAAUGCUUGAUUAAAAAGUGGUGAACCGUUUGGUGUAAUGUGUGCGGCUGUUUUCCUGUGUAUUUAUUCAGUGGAAUAGCUUUUAACUACACUACUGAACAAACUACUGCUCCUGCUGUUACUUCCUACUCUUGGAUUAUACCUGGAACAAACCAGGGCAGAGUGCAGAGUAUUGCAGUGAUUAGCAGUAUCUGCUAUGAGCUGGGGCAAAGGUAUUAAAAUUAAGAAGAGUAUCAUUAAACUAUUUGUAACAAGAGAUUUUUCGAUUCCAAUUUUAUACCCAGUGACAUGGGCUUGAGUAUUAGUCAAGAAACUGAGUAACUCCACUGAUACCAUUCUUAAUUCAAGCUACUGUGAGGAGUUUCAAUCUGGUCAGGAAAUGAGCCAAAAUAAUUGACAAUUUGAUAUACAAAAGCAAAUGAGGCUAUAAGUAUAAGAUAGAAUUACUUAAAUUUAGGUACAUAAAAUAAAAGGACAUUUUAUCAUUGUAUAGCUUGUAUUUGUACACUAAAAGAAGCUGAAAACACACUGAGCACAGAGAAAUGAACAAUACUAACAUUAUUAACACCAAUAGUACCUCUCCUGAAAUCAGCAAUAAAUUAAAGUUUAAAAAAAAGGAUUUUUAACCAUGAAACCUGUUUUCAUAGUCUGUUUUUACUGGUUAUAAUUAAGAAAAACUUGAAGUACAAAACACAGAUUCAUAACAUCUUGCUAGCCUUAAACUUGCUCCACACUUUUGGCAAACAGCACACUGCUCCUCUUUUUAGCUUUCCUACAGUAGGUACUAGAGGCAGCCAUAGUCCAUAUUAUUGCUGUGUAAGCUACAGUUUUGAAGAAGCAGAAACACAUUUAUAUUUUAAGUGUUUGAAAAGGUUUCAUAUUGGAAGGAUGCUGAUUUGGCUGCAUGCCCCAUGCCCAGAGGCUGAAGUCCUGAAAGCAGGGGACCCAGGUGCUUGUGGUCUCCCUUUUUUUGUUUCAGAGUUUCUUACUAUAUUUAACAUCCUAUCCUCUAAAUAAAGGCAGAAGAGCCCAAAAAUAGACUUGUAAAAAGGUUAACAUUAGAUUGAUGCUUUGUGCAUACUAGAUACUGUAUAUGAGGUUGUAUUGAGGGUUUUUCUGGUAUUUGUGUGGUGUCCCAACAACUUUAGAAGAAAUUAAAUGAACAUAACACUGUGACAAUAGAAAUUCCUAAAGGCUCCUGGGCAGGAUUCAGUUCAUAUAGGAAUGCUUUGUUAGACUGUAUUAGCUGUAGCAAAAGCUAAAUGUUAGAAUCAGUUUGUCACAAGCAAUUUGCCAAAAAGAACUAUAAAUGAAUAAAUACUUGUGUAGGAUUUGAUGUGAGUGUUUUUUUAGCCUCAUCCUGCCGUCUUUGCCUGCCUCCUGCCGUACGUCUGCUCUCUGUAACUCUGUGUUUGUUUUCAAACUAGUAUCUGGCAGAUCAGAUGUGAUUCAACAGCUUUAAUUUUCAGCUCCUGUCUGCCCUGUCCCAUGAGCAUACAGCUCAACUUAUAUAUAAGUACAUAUAUAUAUCUGUCCGUUCUCAUCGCCGCACACUGUUGCCAUGGUUUCAUUGUUCAAAUCCUUGGGUGACAAUUCCUCAUCAGUACACUCCAAACACGCCAAGCUAAUUAUCUGACAGUUACUUACAGAGUCAAUAAAAGAAACCCCACCCCUGCCGUCAAACUGACUGCCUGUGUGCCCGUCUGCCUGUCUCCUUGUUUGACUUGUGCCUGUGUGUGUGUAUGUGAGUGUGUAUGUUUUGCAUAAAUCUGAUAACCCUGGGCUUCAGAAACUAGAUGAUUUGAGGCUAAUAUUAAAAGUCAAACAGACUGGGUCAGUGUGAGUUUAUAAUUUCACACAUCCCGGAAGAGGAUAUCUCAGGGGUCUUGCAGUAGUUUUGAUGUUACGGACCACAGAUCUGCGCAGACAGAGAGAGCUUUGUCUGUCAUUGUAGUAUGCGGUACAGUGUGAUAUUGCACUACAUUUCUCUGGGGUGCAGCUCUAUGAUGUUUGCUUUCUGUCUUGUAGCUGAGUUAAUGUGAAGGGCUAGCUGGCAGAGAUAAAAGAUUUAGACUGUGCUGAUUAUUCGCUCUGGUGGUAAAAUUCAAGAGCUGAUUGGUUGCCAAGAAUCACUAAGUUUGAAGAAGGAAGAGGAUUAUUUAUGAAUAUUCAUGAGUAUCAUUAUACAGUUUUAAUGAUAGAGAUAAUUAGCAAAGAUACAAGUCAUCAUUUAAUGGAUUAGCUGAUCAGCAGAAAAUUAAGAAACAACAAAAAGCUAAUAAACAAAUUGUUUAUUUCUCAAAUACGAUAUUUUGCAGCCUUUCUCUGUUUUAUUUGAUUAUGAAUGAAACCUCUAUAAAUAUUGGGCUUUUGUUGAGACAAAAUGAGCAAACUGGUGACAUCAAAUUAGAUAAACCAAUGACAGCUUUGGUUUUUGGUUUUCUUUGUGGUUUGUAAUCACGCAGCAGUCAGUUACCGUAAUUAUGUCGAUUACUUUAAUAACUGCUGGUUUUUGUGUGUAUUCAUCUCUCAUCCCUCCAUAUUUGUUUGUUCCGGUUACACUUGAUGCUUCACACAAACACACACAAACACAGCAUCAGUCCAUCAGCAGCUCGAAGCAGAAGUUCCAUUCAUGUCAAAUUGAAUGAAACCACUCUGUCCUUUUGUGGAAGCUCAAGUGCAUCUGAGGCCGAGCACCCACUCAUCCAUCACCUGUCGAAUUCACUCCAAAUACAAAACAAUAAAUGCUGCUAUAUCUGCCAUUAUAGAAAUAUCACUUUUAUCGUCAUAUUUGGGGAAGAGUUUUUUUAUUUUCUCCUCAAUUUUGGGCCUUUAUUUUUUCCUGAUUCCUCCUGACAAUCUGACCAGAAACAACCUGUCAGCUCAGAGUUUGUCCCAAAUUAUCUGGUUAUGUGAGGGCUUUGUACUAACAGCCUUAAACCCCUGGAGUUUCUGGGACUCGUAUUUCAAAUUAAGAUUUGAAACCUGGAUGAUUAUAUCAGACCUUAGUAGCCAAUUAGAGGGAGGAGCGGAGGAAAAGGAGCCUCUGGGGGUGUUAAAAUGCAGCACUAAACAUCCCAGCCUUGAGGCUAACAUUUAGUGGCAUGUUCAUGUUGACAGGGGAUAAACAGGUACAAUCUCACCUUCAAGAGUUGCAGCAGAAAGAGUGAAACAGUUACCUUUACAUGUCCUUAUUAAGGCUCGACAGUGUGACCAUUUCACUCACAUUUGCAACUAAAAAUAGAUGUGUGCGAAUUGUUGAGGCAACAAAUGUUUUUUCAUGUAAAUACUGCAACAAAGUUAGUUUUAGGUUGGAUAUCCGAUGGACAUUCACUGUAGAUCCACCGGUGUCUUCUCACUCUCCAUGACCGGGAAUAGUAACAGCAGCGCAGUUAAAUCGACUCGGCACCCUCACUGUCAACGACAGGUGUUGAAUAAGGGACCAUCAAUAAAUUACUGGUUGAUGUUUUCAGAAAAGGCUGAUUUCCUUCAAUGUGACCAGUUGACUUAAAACUGAUUUUAAAUAAUAGUACUUAUGUCGACCAAUAAGACAAACAUUAUUUGAUCAAUUUUCAUUAUGCCUCUAAAGUUCUUUGUGUGCUCCUUGUGAAAAAAGCUAGUGUCAAGCCCUGAGGGUUGUGAUUUCUUUCCUUUUGUAUUCAAUGAAGAUUUUAACAAACAAUUAAUGAAUGAAGAGAAAUAAUCUUUGACUUGUAAUCUAUUAUAAAAGCAAUGCCAUCAUGCAUCCUUAUUAUCUAUUUGACUUGGGCUCUUAGACUAAAUAAGUGCACAACGAUUCAAACACUUGAUUUUGCAUUUGCAGUUGCAUUUUAGAUACCCUGCGUACUCCAUUGCACAGAUCCCAAAAUAGAUAAGACAUGGGCGUUUUGAGGAGUGGGUCCACAGUCUCAUUCAGACUGUCUCAAAAUUAUGACAUGAAAAGAUGACAAGAUGGUACAUGCUUGGCUCUCAUGUCAGAUUUAGGUCCACGGGGACUACUGAGACCGCAUAUAUGUAGCGGAUGUGUAAAUUGGCGUCAGAGGGCUCCAAAUCAAAACAUGACACUUGGCUUUGCUUCGUUUUGCACUCAUGACUUUCCCUCCUCACGCCCCUUGUGGGUAGUCCAGUUAAACACGGUUGAAACCAGCAUUAAAUUAAUUCCACGGAGCGUUGCGUGCUAAAUAUUCUUGCCAAGUGUAUUUCUUUGAAAGGACUGUUGGCCUUCCAGCAGUGAAAUAAUUGGGCUGUCAUUGUAAUGCUGAGUUUUCUCUUUUUUUUCAACCAUUGCAGGCUGGUGCAAUUGUGUUAGGACUCUGCAGAUUGGUACUGUGUUUAAAAAGCCUCCUCAUUGAAGCCCCCCCUUUUAAUGUCUAGUACCAAUUGGCCUCUCUUUUCACUCUAUUUCUGUCUCAUUUUCUCUUCCUCCCCUCCCUCUGUGUGUCUCUCUCUGCUUUUCUGUGCCAGCUCUCAGCGAGUUCAUACAACUGCUUUCAUGUUGGGAGAUGUGUGAAAUAAACACAAAAGUUGGGCUGGGCUACAUCUGAAACAAUACAUUAACCAGGCUUUUCUCUGCACAGUGUUGGGACGUCAACAAGACCAUCACCAUGGCUACACAGUACUUUUAACCCAGUUGUGUUUUGGGGUUUAAGCAAUUAAAAGAUUGAACGUCCUUAUCCACCUUAGUUGGCACCAGAACGACUUGUUGGUUAAACAUAUUGGUAAUAUUUUUAUUAUUAAGGGCUCCUGAGCAAGUAUGGAAAAGUAUGGAAGUAAUUAGAUUUAUUUCCAGGUCUUAAAAAGUAUGGUAAAUGAAAAAAAAGUAUGGAAAAUAUUUAUGUUAAAAGGCUAUAUUACCACAGUUAUAAAAUUCUCUUUUCUAAAAAAAAAAAGUAGGUAUUUCCAAAAAUAAAAAUCUAAAAAGUAAGGUAUGGAAGAGUAUGAAAAUUCCAACCGUGAGGGAAACCAGAUUAUUGUAGCCCCACAUUCAGGUCUCGUGUCUACGAACAGCCACCAGCAGGCACUAGCUAUGGCUGUAGCUCAGGUUGAUGGCUGCUACCAUCAUGUUAUGUUAGUGUAGCAUCCAGAAGCUUGCUUUGACUGUAAACUGGCAUGAAACCAAUUUGAAACCAGCACUUAAUUAAAGCAAAGUGCAACCAGCACAAACAUGUGGGAGCUUACCAGAGGUUGGUGAUGCUAGCUCUACCAAUGUUAGCUGAACCUCUAUUGAGAGAACAGGAUGGUAGAUGGAGAAGGGAAAAAAAAGUGAGGUGGGAAUUGAACGCCGGCUGCUCACUUUGAGGGCUUUGACUUCUUUACAUGGGGCGCAUUAUUUUACAAUGACAGAUGUAUGUUUGUUUUCACCGCAAAUGUCUGCAAAGCAAAGUAUAUUUCCAAAUCCUCACGAAGGGGGAUAAGUUUCUGCAUGCAUACACACCACUUUAACUCUGAAAAUACUUUUUUUUUCCUACAAUUACUUGAGUUGUGAAUUCAUAAGUCUCCAGAUGAGAUUCUCCAAAAAGUAUCCUUUAUAAAUAAGUUUAAUCAUCAGCACUGUUAGGCUUAGAACGCUCUUUACUCCCCAUGGUAUCAUUAGCUGAGUAAAAUACACCAGAAUUUACAUUCCCCAAAGCUCAUGCUUGACUAAUUUAAUGUCUUCUCCCUUUUUCUUUUUCCAUUUCAGAGGAAAUCAAAGAGGAAUCAGAAAAAUUAAGGUAAGAAAUGGAUUUAUUACGUAACGCAGGGGGUCAUUUCAGGGGGUUGGGUCUCUUUCUGCGUGCUCAGGCAUUGUAAAACUCAUGGCUCAACCUCGAGCCUGUCUGUCGCUCCCUCCUGUGUGCGGACUACUGAAAGGGAUUAGAGCAGUGUGUGUGCUAAGUGUGUGAGUGUGUGUAUGGGUUACAGCCUCAAGUGUGUUUUUGUUUGUGUUUCUCGGCCUGGCUUGUUUCCAGCAGCCCCUUGCCUUCUCAUUAAUGGCUUUCUUCACGAACCCCUGCCUAAUGCUCAGCUUGUUUUUGAGAGUAGUGUGUGCGCACAGAUUGGGUGUGCUUCAUGCGUUGGCUGCUAGGUAACGUGGGCUGUGGAAUGAAACGUAGCAUGGGUCCCACCCCUCCUCUUCUCAACCCUUUCUUCCUCAUGCGGUUCGUUAUUCUAUCCAUCUUACAUUUUUAUCCCUCCUUGUUUACCAUCUCACACCCUUCUCUUGUCCCGUUAUUUCUCUCCUGCUUUUCCACUCUCUUCAAAUCAACAUUACCGAUAAAUAACGUCAACCAGAUUUUCCCCUCUAGUUAAGAACUUGCAGAUCAAAGAUAGAUAGAUGUAGAGACUGUGCGGCCACACCCAACCCACUCAAAGGCUGCUGCAUUUAUAUUCAUCUCAGGUGCUUUACAACUCUCUUCUUUUUUCCAUGUUAUAAAGAUGCAAUAGUCUCGCAGUUUGACUGGGAAUACCAAUAUACUUUUGAGAGCCUGCGGACCCAUUUAAAUUGCUUCCUUUUGUGGAUUUAUGGAGUUGUAUAGUUACAUAUGAAACCAGAUUAAAAAAAGAGGAAAAAUGGUAGAGAUGGAAAAACAUAUCCGAAUCAAAACUUACUCAAAGCCUGAAAGGAUCAAAGAUUCAUUGGAGUAGUAAACAUAUUUUUUUUGCUUUCAUUUUUACUGAAGUGUGCAACACCACAUGAAAACAAACAGACCUAAAACCAAUGUUUAUAUAUAUAUAUAUAUAUGUAUACUAAAAAAUGUGUGUAUAUAACUUAUAUGAAUAGUUUACUCAUUUCUCCUCCUUAUCUUCCAACUGAACAAUAUGUCUGUUUUUUUUUCACAUGUAGACUUUCACUAUGUCUGUCAAGUGUUCCUGAGUGAGGAGUUGCACUUAUUCCUACUUUUUUGUGAUGAUUAAUUUUAACAGUAUUUUGAAGAAGUAUGUAGCCAUUAAGAACUUAAAGCUCCUAUGUGGAUUUUUUGUGCAUCUAUGAAACAAAUUGAAAUCCAUUUUGAUAACUUCAUAUGAUAUUCAAAAUAUACAAGAACAUUUGCAGUUUGGUUGAUGAUUUGUAUAUCAGAAAAUAUUCACGAUGAAUUAUACAUUUGACUGUCAAAGGUUAACAGGUUGACAAAAGAUGCUACCAAAGCAUGUGGGGAACAAGAUAAGCAAAGGCCUCUCUGUCCUCUGUGGGUGCUGGAAGUUUCUCACAGGAGCUUUAAUGACCUCAAAAACUUGUAGAUUGUGCUUAAAGAUCUGCUUAUUGACAGCUUACUAGAGCGAAUACAGUCAACGUCUAUGUAACAUCUAUGUAACAUGAUUAUUUCAAGUGCAAGUGGUAUCUCUGAGCGAAAUGAUGAACCAUCGAGCUCAACAUUUUGAGGCACACGUUAAAGAUAUCACAGUGUUGAAAGAAAAACGAUCCACCGCUACUUCAAAACUCACUCCUCCCGCUAAAAAAACUCCACACAGCUAACUUCAAGCUGCCUCCAACAAGAACACCAAGGAAAAUUGAGAUGUCAGCUCAAGCUGUCAGACCAAACCCCAUUUCAUGUCCACGUUGUGUGUAUAAGCAGGCUAAGUGUGACAUUGGGCUGAAUAUUAGGCAGAGAGUAGGCCAGCUGACAUUAAGCAGGAAGUCGAGGAAUAAUCCAGAGGAGAAGAGCUCCCUGCAGACACGGCAGCAUAAAAAACAACAGAGACAGAGAGUGGGUCAAACCGCACACACACACUCACACACACACAGACACACAUAAGCCUUUGGGGUGAAUCACAGCUCCAAUUUGACGUGGCUGUCCUGAAGGUUUUGAAAAUGAUUCGUAAUUUCUAUCAUGAUGCUCCUCUAUAUUCUCAGUCUAAUUCCUCUUUAAUUUGUCUUACUCAGAGCCUGUCUCCUCUUUGUUUUUGACCGUUUUUUUCUGCCCUCUCUUUUUCUAAGCCUCUAUCUUUUCCUCCCAUCUUCCGCCUCUCUCCGUGAUCUCUUGAUCUCUCUCUAAUUCCUCUGUAAUUCAUGCGACUCGACGCUUGUUUCCUCUUUUGUUUUCAGAUCGUCUCCUUUAAAACAUUUUAUCCCCCUUCACUUCUUUACAAGGCACUUUAUCCUCCCUCUCUUCUUCUCAGUGUGCGCUGUUAUGCUUAGAGAGGUCGCCCCUCUGAAAAGAGCUGAAGUCAUCCCUUUUCAUCGCCAAGACAUAAACAAUACAACCCCUCCCUCUCUCCCCCCUUCUCCCUGUGUGUCUCAGUUCUGUGCAGUCUGGGUGUGGUAGGGAUGCUGUAGACACAUGACUGCUGAAAGAAAUAGUCUGUUUUUUAUGUCUGUGCCUCUGGUCUUAUUAAAAAAAAAAAAAAGGAGUUGUAUGAUUUUAUUAGGGGUUAGCUUUUGGGGAGGGAGAUGCUUUGUCAGCAUGAACACGUGGCAAAGUCUGAGCCUCUGGGAUUAAUGCCCUUCCCUGAGAGAGACCGAGUAAAACAUUGGAAGCAGUCAGGCAGCACAUGAAAUUCAGAUUAAGAUUUUGUAAGUUUGGAUCUUCUCUGAGCGGCAAGACAUUUUGAGGUUGAGAAAGUGAAAUGUGAACGGGAAGGGAAGGGGAAAAAAUGCUGUUCUUCACUGGUACUUAUGCCUGGAUCAUCAAGGGUGUUGUUAGUGUGUCAGGCUGACAGUCUGCGCUGAAUGAUCAUCGUGUUUGUCUCAAAAGUCUUUAUCACUGUUCUGUUCCUGUAUGGUUCUUCCCCCCCCCAGUCCGCCUAGUGGAGACAGCAAAUCGGGUUCCAGCACUUUACCGCCAAUCAAAUCAAAGACCAACUUCAUUGAAGCCGACAAGUACUUCUUGCCGUUUGAGCUGGCAUGUCAGUCCAAAUGUCCCCGCAUCGUCAUCACCUCGCUCGACUGUUUACAGGUCAGUGGGAGGACAUGUUGAAUUUACAGACAACCGAAUGUUUGUGAGAGUGUUUCUGUGGGUUGAAACUAUUAUAUCCACAUGGCAGCUAUUUCUUUCUGACAUAAAGCUCGAGGGGGAAACUCAGUGCUGUUAUAAUGUCAAAUAGUUAUUUCAUCAGUACCUUAAAGGCUCUGUGAGGAACUUUAACUGCUUGAGAAUCAGACUGAAACUAAAACUGAUGCCAUCCUAUGACCCCCGAGAGCAUCAGGAACAAGGUUGAUCAUUUCUCUGUUAUUUCUUAAUGGCUCAAACUUCUGUGAGGGGUUAGGUGUCAGACCACAUGGUUGAGAGCAGAUUGAAUAAAUCUUUUAAACUCUCCCUACUGUAAAUACUCAGUGAUACAUUUAGGGUAGUUUAGUCUGAAACGCUAAUACUACAUGUUCAGGACAAGAGAUAAGAGGUACAACCAAAACUUCUUCACAUAAUUCUUAAGGCUAUCUCUGCAUAUUUGAACUUUUAACUCAUUUGGCUUAGACAGCUGAGUCACAGCAACUAAUUUUGGCAUUAACCAGAAAACAGGGUGUGAGCCAAAUAUCUUCAUGGUUAGUUAGCUGACAUGGCAGGAAACUAACAGUAAUAUUUGUGAGAUUAACAGACCUGAAGCACAGAAGCAAAACAUUUGAGCCUGUUAAUUACAUCUAAGGACAAUAGAUGUCCAGUUGGGAUAUUUACAAGAUCUAACGGAGCUAAAAAUAUAUAUUGGAGGAGUUUUUUUUUUUUUACUUAGGUCAUAAAAAUACUAAUCAAACCUAGAAGUAGGAGGUCACAUCCUCAAGUGUCAGAAGUUGUACGUUUGUGCUCAUGUUUGUAUAUGUUUCCGUCUUGUAGAAGCUGAUAGCAUACGGCCACUUGACAGGCAGCGCCCCGGACAGCACAGCCCCGGGCAAGAAGCUCAUCGACAGGAUCAUCGAGACCAUCUGCGCCUGUUUCCAAGGGCCGCAGACUGAUGAGGGCGUUCAGCUACAGAUUAUCAAGGUGUGCUGCUGUCCUCAUCUUCAGAGACAUCACAGAUCAUGACAAAAUGACUUUACAGCGCUUUAUGGCGGUACAGGUUUGAUAAGUUUCAACACGGAAAAGCUGCAUCUGUUUACAGCAGAUCAUUUGUUGAAUUAGAGUUCGAAGGAAGUUAUUGUUUUUGCUUGUUAAUCUAUCGGUAAUUUUACAAAGCUAAGUUCUCUGCUGUGUUAUUAUCCCAGCGGUGUGAAUUAAGAAGGUGGAUGAAAUGAAAAGUGUAGACUGCACUGCCCCAUAACAAUUCUCCCUCUUCUUCACACUGGAGUGUUUCUGUGUUUUUAGUACAGGAAUUUGUUUGGUAUUUGUGGCUUUAACACAGGUCACUGGUUAAAGUGUGUUCUGCUCUGACUUGUCCUGAGAGGAGAAACAGAUCAGAAAAAUCACUCUCAGUCUUAUCUUCUUUUUUCAGGCAGGUUUGUUUUCAUUUAUUUGUGUGUUUCUCCCUCAUGUAGAGAAUUUCUCUCUAUCAGCUAGGUCUCUAACAUUUCCACUCUCAGUGAGUCUUUGUAAGAUAAUUUCUGGACUUCUUUUUAACACAGUCAAGUCAAAUUUCUGGAGUGUUUAUAGAGUACAGCACAUGUGUGAAAAGCCUAGAUACACACAAGCAUUGGACAAGGUAACAUGUCAGAAAGUGAACAUGUCAUCUACUUACAGAGCUUAAAGAUGGAUCCUCUUGUACUUCUUUGCGUGUAUUUUAACAUUUACUUACAAUAAAGGUCUCUUCAGUGUCCUAAUAAAGUGCACUAUAUUAGCUUGAUAAGCUAACAGCAGCUUGAUUUAUGUAAGUCAAUAUUUUUGGGGCAUUUUUGCCUUUUAUUGAAUAGGACUGCAUUGAUUUGUUUCUCAAAAUGGACAGUUUGUUUUUGUUUUUUUCUAAACUAUUUUCAUUACAUUGCAAAAAUUCCUUGUCUAUUUUUGCGCUUGCUACUUUAGGAUCUCCGUCAUUAUCCCACAAUCCUUGGUGGUAUCAAAGUGAGUCUUCUUUACACAGGACCCAAUCUCAAAAUACUCCAAAAUCUUUAGACUAAUAACUCAGUAUUUCUUCACAGUAUUCCCCUGGUCCCCUUACCUGCCUGUUUUGGUAUCAUAUCUCAUUUUUCACGUCUAGAGUCUGCUUUACUCAGAUGUAUCACUUCUGAUGGCUGGCUGCUUGCCUUUUCUGUCACCUACACGUUAAAGCAGCCACAGGGAGGUCAUAUCUGUUGAUCUAGAUCUUGAACUUUAAAAAGAGAAAAUGUAUCAGGGCUUAUCAUAAAUGAGAUUUAAUCCCUAUACUGUACUGUUUUAUUGACAACAACUAUCCUUUGACACCUCCUUUCUACUCCAUUCCCAGGCUUUGUUGACAGCAGUGACCUCCCAGCACAUAGAAAUCCACGAGGGCACCGUGCUGCAGGCCGUCCGCACGUGUUACAACAUCUACCUGGCCAGCAAGAACCUCAUCAACCAGACCACAGCCAAGGCCACGCUCACACAGAUGCUCAAUGUCAUCUUUGCACGCAUGGAAAAUCAAGCAGUAUGUCCAACACUCUUCCUGAAAACCUAGACUAAUAACACAUAAUGCAGUUUGUCAAAAAUGUGUGAGAGAGGGUAACUCCUCCCUCCGGCCGCUCUCUGAUUUGACUUGAUUUGACUCACUAAAAGCCAAAUGUUAUAUUUCAAAAUCAGCAAGGUUGCGCUCUAAAAUGCUGAAACAAAUUUGGCAAGAUGUAAAACUAGUUUUGGCUCGGAGUCAAAUUGGAUUCCAAUAUAAUGUCUGGCAUUAUAUUAUUAAGCUUUCUGCUUGGUUAACUCAAUCCAAAUAUUGCUGAUUUUGUUGGAGUCUACUGUUUUGUUUGGGGGUCCAGAGGGACAUUUUAGGUGUUGCCUUCAAAUCAAAAGCUUGCUCUAAUGUCAUCUUUUUCUUUUUGAAUGACACUUUUCCCUUCCUCACCUGCCUCCCCCCUUCCUUUUGGACACAUAGCUUACAAAUCACAAGCUAUCUUGGUCUCUGGCCUCCAGAAAGCGUGACCGCCAGGUAAAGCGUGCAGGACUGCCGUGAACUUGCCUGAUCAGAAACUCUUAAACUCUUCUCUGUGCAUCUGUGUUUGAGCAUUAAGCUUCUUUCCUCAUCCAUUCAUGCACUCAUCCGUUCUCUUCCUUUGCUCCUACACUGCACAGGAGCAGGUUUUUCCGUGUACUUCUUUUCCACCGUAUGCUUGCUGUGGCUUUUGUUGACUUGCCUACAAAUCAUUUUGCUUUCCCCCGCACUGAUUUACAUCUUAGUUUACAUCCAAACCUGGGUGUGGUAAAUGUUCUAUCACAGGUCAGCUGCGCCUGUCUCAUCACUGACAGCUCCAUGUUCUGUUUUGUUCCUUUAAAGGCUUAAUAUAGUUCCUUCAGAACAAUGUGCGACUGGUAUUGAGUCACAGUCAGAGGAAUAGAAAGAAGCAGUCAAGGGUAAGGAUAGAGAGACAAGGCAGACUUUGAGGCAGAGGCCCAUUGUUGUGUUGUGCUGCAGCACAGGGAGAUCCACUUUCUGUGUUUGUGUGUGGAUGUAUCCUCCUGACUGCAGCUCAGCAUGGUGUGAUCACACACACACUCACAUGCACACACGCAGUGGUUGUCUGGCUCAGUCUCACUCAGCCUCAGCCUUCACUAUCCGACUGAGGUGGCAUUUAAAUAAUGAGCUUAGUUUGUUUGCGCCCUCGAGCCGAGGUCGUUGUCUGUCUUGCUAAUAUUCAAUACUAAUUGUUUCAUUCAGGAUGCUGUGUCAUUGAAUUUGUUUGCUUACAUUUCAAUGUGACAACAGCAGCAGGCUUAUUGAAUUAGGGCGAAACAGCUUGUGGAAGGGUGGCUUUAAAAAACGAGACAUAAUGAGUUUAAUCAAGGAAGUUUGUUUACGUGUUAGAAGUGAAAUACAAGUUUGCUUUGUGGGAAAAAAAGCAGCAACAAAAAAAAAAAAACAGAUUGUAUGUGAUUGUUCCUUUUGGCAAGAUAGAGACAUGACUGCCACACUGAAACAAACUUGAGUGUUCCUGGCUGAUUUAUGCUGUUAGUUGGAGUUUUAAUUGGAAGUCACUCUGCUGUAGACUUUAAGUGUUACCAUCUAUCACCACUGUUUUGUAAAUGUGUCACAAAUGUGUUGAUAUUUCCAUCUGUAACCUUGUGUCUCUCUUUCGUUACCGUGCUUUUCCUUCUUCAAGUCACUCGAGUCUAUAGUUUGUUUUCUUUAACAUUUAUGCCUGACAAAUUGACAAAUGCACUUGGACUGAAAAUGCACAUUGGGCUGUUAAAUAAGCUUGGCUGAGAGAAUUUCCACUGCUUGAAAUCGUUUGCUCUACUCUUGGAACCUGCAUCGGUGUCUGCUGUGAAAUAUUCAAGUGUGCAACCUUGCAUCCAAGUAUUGUUAAAAACAAACUCUGCCCCACCAGGAUGUAAUCUAUCGCCUGGAUUAAAGGUGGGGUAGGCAGGAUCUGAGGAAGUGCGAGUUUUGGGGGGAAAUCUUGAAUGUAAACAGUGCCCCUCCCAACCAGUUUGGGAGGGGUGGACGCUCAUGGUCGCUUGUAUCGUUUCAAUUAAAUUCAGAUAUAAUGCAGGGAAAUACUUCAAAUCAGUGGUGAUUUUGUUCUUGAAAUUCUGGUGGGGCCAUGCAGGAAAAUCUCAUAGUGCAAUCCAGAAAUACCAGAUAUUACUCUCAUACCCUCACAACAAAAACACAGCAAUAAGUGAGAGAGGGGACCACAGCACCUUUGACGACAAAACUGAAUAAUGCCAUCACACCAAUAAUGUCAAACUGGCGACAUAUAUUAAAUACUCAAGAUCGAAACAACUGGACAAUAAUAAAAACACAAAGGCAUGAAAGGCACACACCCAAUACACAGCAAUCAAUAUACAAAGCCACCACACACAAUAUACCACAGCCAAACAGCCAUUUUAGCACCAAAGACAGGUGAACAGCUCCCUUGAGGUGCCCAUGUGAGGUUGUGUCCACCACACACACCUGAACACGUACCGCCAUUUACGCAUUACAUAAAUUCCACUUUCAUUCUAACAAUAUAUAAACUACAUUAUAAAUUCCAAGUAGAAUAAUAGACUCACCGAAGAGGAAUCCUUCAUGUGACCUUGCUGUCAAAAUCCAACAGUCCAUGGAUGAGUUGACUUUGCCAUGUUGUGUUACUACGGUCGCCGAGCUAGCGAGACCUGUGCAGUUCCCACUCUUUCCUCUGAUCAGCGCGCAUGCAGCCAUUUACCAUCACGACUCUUCCCCACCUGGCGAAAACAGUGGCACAGUUAACUCGCGCAUUUUUGACAAAGGAAAGCAUAAAAAAUAGGAGAAAAAAGCUUAAAAUUCUGUCCUGCACAGCAGCGCCCUCUGGUGGGACCGUGCCCAACACGGACCCCUGAUGUAAAGAUGCCAUUGCUUCAGAUAGUUACAAAUGGGGCCCAGUCAACGUGAAAGUAAAAAGCAUUGGUGCAACUGUAGAUACCAAUAGAAUACCAGCAAACACAAGGUUUGCAGGACUUCUAAAACUAGGAUAAAGUGACAUAGUCCAUGACCAUACCUGCCAACAUUUGGGUUAUAAAAUCUGGAAGAUUUUUGCGGUGUGCACCGUGCAGUUUUGGGGAUAACUUGUAAGGUGGAUAUGAGCUAAUUAUGAGAGUAUUUGUAAUUAGAUUGCUUAUCCAAAUAACUAGAAGUUAAGCUGCACAUGUUUUUUGUUUUGUUUUAACAAUAAAAGAUGGUAAUCUAAAAAUAAUAGCUAAGAUAUGCCUUGAACUUAUUUAAUCCACUAAUAUUAGUGUUAAAGUCCUCAUAUGUUUUACAUGCUCUCUCCCGUACAGCACUCUUUUAUCUGAGGCUGCCCUGAACGCAUCACUCCGAGACGGUGAAAGACUAUCGACUUAAAUAUCAUAUCUCACGUUUGUUUCCUUUUCAGUGAAAGCUCAUUUUGCAACAAACACUGCUCAAAUAUAGUUUACAGCUUAAACCGACCUGAAUCAUCCCAAACUGUAAAGUAAAACUAUCAAUCCAGUGACUGUGAGACUUAGCAGAAACAUUGGACUAUCUUCAGUUGUCUGAAUACCUGGAAACAACUUUGGACGAAUAUAGUGAUCUUACUCAUGAAUGAACGUGGGAGAUUCCCGGGAGAAAUGACACUACGGGGGGCGGGAGAUAGGUCUGAAAUACGGGAGAGUCCCAGGAAAAACGAGUGUUGGCAGGUAUACUUCAGGACCCGAGCUAAACAGUUUAGCGGCGCUACAACACACAGCAGGUCCCGUUUGACAAGAAACACUUCUGUUACAGACACUUCACUAACUUCGUUAAAGCGGUUUACCUUUGCAGCAGAAAGGUUACAGGGUCUGGAAGGGCCGGAAGCGUCCCGUCGUUUAUCCUAGCUUCAUUGGUGUUGACCCGCCUUUUUAGCUCUUGUCCGGUCUACCUCCUUUUUGAGCGCUCGUUAUCCCGCCAGAGUCUCCGGUAUUUACUUUGUUUUCUUGCUUGAGUUGGCAGUCGUGGCCAAAGAAGGAUUCAGACAAUUUUCUGUACCUUCUGGUUGGUUUCUACUGUCUGAUAUUGUAGCAUGCUAACUUUGGUCUCGUGCACAAUAGUGGAGGACGUGGAGCGUGCCUCACCACACGAGGCAUAAUGGUCUGCCUCACAACCAAUCAGCACUCACAACCAAUUAGCACUAAUGCGCAGCGUCUGCCUUACAACCAAUCAGGUCGAGGAGGUGAAGAACGUCAGAAUGAGCGGGCCUCUCAAAAAUGUUAAAAUGUUGACUACACAGACAUGAAAGAACACAGUGAUAUUGAGAUAUUCCCAUGUUGAGUAAGUAAGUAAGUUAACUUUAUUAAUAUAGCACUUUUCACAGACAAAAGAGUCACAAAGUGCUUCACAUAAACAAAAAUAAAAAUGUACAAAAACAAUUAAACAAUUGCCUGAGCAAAUAAAUAAGUUUUGAGUUGGCUCUUAAAGGAGUCAACAGAGUCAAUUAAGCGCAGAGAGAGAGGAAGAUCAUUCCAAAGCCUGGGGGCAACAGCCUGGAAGGAUUGGUUUCCUCUGGUCCAAAAACGAGUGCGCGGAACCAUCAGCAGAUUCUGAUCCACGGACCUCAGAGCCCGAGAGGGGUCGCAAGGCUGGAUCAGAUGACAAAUAUAAGAUGGAGCCUGACCAUGCAAGGCUCUAAAGGUUAGGACCAGAAUUUUAAAAUUGACCAUAGAGGACACAGGCAGCCAAUGUAGUGCUUUAAUUAUAGGGGAUAUGUGAGUCCUCCUAUUAGUGUGGGUUAGAAUUCUCGCUGCAGAGUUUUGCACUAACUGAAGAUGAGACAGCUCCUUUUUGUUUAGACAUGAAAAUAAACUGUAGCAGUAGUCUAAACGUGGCGACACAAAGACAUGAAUGAUGAGUUCCGAGUCAUUUUGCGACACCAUUUUCCUAAGCUUAGAGAUUUUCCUCAGUUGAAAGAAGCAGUUUCUCGUCAACUGUUUACAGUGUUGCACUAAGGACAUGUCUUUGUCAAAGAUGACACCUAGGUUUCUUAGGCUAGGUUUAGCUGACUGGCCUAAGUCGCCCAAGUACUGUUUAAUCCCUGGAAUUGAAUCAUCAGGGGCAAUAACCAAUGUUUCCGUUUUGUCAGCAUUUAGCUGCAAAGAGUUGACUGAUAUUAAAAGCUUUUUUGUAUACACGCCACAAAAAGAUGCUUCUUUAACAGAUUCCUGCCUACCCCACUUUUAAUAGAGUAUUCACUAACAUCACAUACACACAGGGAUAAAACUGUGCAAAUGUCCUGUGACCCAUUUCCAGCUCAUGAGCCACCCAGCUAAAGCAAAGCAACACUUUCCAGUACUCCACAUCAGAAGCAGUGGUACCACAUAGCAGCCAUGACCCAUCAGCCAUGACACGGCUGUAUGAAACAUUUUCCAUCAGAAAUGUAGUUUUCUGCCACCGACUGACUGAAAUGAACACAGCUCGCACGAGCCAGCAUGAAUCAAUUCCACAGAGUUUGUCUCAUUGCUGUUUUAGUCGCAUGUUCUACUUCUCAGUAAGGUUCAUAUACAUUUCCACGAUGCAUACUCGCACACUCUAGGUGUAAAAAAAAUCCAGGAACUUUUGUCUUUCCAGACAUCUGGAAGUGUUUCAGAUCUGUUUUUGAUUCAGUGAGCCCUCAGGGAAUCCAAACUUGUAAUUGCUGUGAGAAGUUUGUUUUUGUAGCCCUAACCUGUCUUUUUUGUGUCUGCGUAUGUGUGUGUUGCAUGUGCUCGCUCUGUGGAUGUUUCCUCUCCUUCGUGCCUUUGAAUGAGUGUUUGGUUUUUCUUUUCUUUUUUCUUUUCUUUUUUUUAAUUCGUGUGACUGUGUGUGUGUGUUUGUGUGUGUGUGUCUGUGUGUGUGCCCCACCCUCUCCCAGCUGCAGGAAGCAAAGCAGCUUGAGAGAGAGCGUCACCGGCAGCAAUCCCCCGUCACCCAGCACGCCGAGCCAGACUCCCCACAGCUCCAGACUCACAUCCACCAGACGGCCAAGGGUCCGAGCCAGGAGGCCAAUGGGCCGGUCACCCCCCCAACCCCCAGCAUCAACAUCCCAUCCACCCCGUCCACCCCUUCGACACCCGCCCCUGAGGGCAGCAGCAGGUCUGUGACCGGGGAGCACGGGGAGCAGCGGGAGCAGGAGGAGCAUGGAGAACAGGGGCCUAUUUAUGAGAAUCCAGAUCCAGAAAACGGGUCUGAUUUCUGCGUGGCUGAAAAUGAACAGACUGAAGCAGAUCAAGCCACAGCAGCAGCACAAAGUAAGAUCAUUAGCAGGGAUUUCUUUUAUAAACCAGUACUUUUUAUUAUCUAUCCUGGUUUCACUUCACUUAUCGGACACACAUUUAAACAUCUCCUUAAACAGUGCUAUAUUUUAUUUGAACUGUGCCUUAAAAUGUCAUUUGAGUUACUUUUCCCCAAAUGCCCAUUUGUACUACGGGCUGUUUUUACAAAUAACAAACAGCCAAACUCUGUGAAAUCCAGUGUGUUUGUUAAUAACACCACCAAGUACUUCAGUAUACAUGCAAAUGAUUCAGGAAAUUAACCCGUCCUCUUAUCAUUUUUGCAAUUCAUUCAUGAAUAGAAAGCAGCCGGGCCCAUUGUUUACUGUAGAAACACUUCAUACCAAAUUCGGCCUCAUUCACUUGAGCGAGCUGGUGAAGAAAAGCAGGAUUAAAAAUAGUCCGUCAGUUGCCGUUUAAGUUUAUGCAUGCUGGCCCAGAAAGAACACAGCUCAGCAGAACGAAUGCCUUGAAUUGCCCUCUGCACCUCUUAGUCAAGAAAUGGGUUGAGUGUUGUUUCCUAAAACUGUGUGUGUGCAUGUGUGUGUGUGUGUUGUUAAAAUGCAGCAGCUCAGCAGCAUCCAGAGGCAGGGGAGGAAGAUGAGGAGUCACCAAACUAUGAAGAGAAAGCUCAGGAGAUCGUUCAGAGUAUUCUGCAGGAGGUGGUCAAUACUGUUGCAGGAGGUGAGAUGUCUUCUGUCUGCAGUAAAAUGCACACAAAAUAAAAGAUCUCUUGCUUAAAUCCACUUUGCUUCAAUUUUCAAAGAGUGUAUUUGUUGCAGUGAAUUAGAGAUCAAUAAAUGGCAGAUUCAGGUACCUCUCUGCUCUUUGUCCAGAGCAGCUCCUGCGAGGCCUUUCAAUGUGCUUUCUGUGUUCCUGCUGUCUUUGACAUUUCAACAGAAUAUCAAAGCCUCCAAAUAAAUAACUCAUAAAAAUGAGACGUAAAACGACCUUUACAAAAUAGAUUGAUUUAUCCUCACAAUACAUCUUAAUUGUAAAUCAGCCGCACAUGUUAUUUGUCCUCUUAUUAUUUGAAACCUCUACUUUAAUGUGUCUUUGAAAGGGAGAUAUCUACUCUUGACUGAUAAUACAGACUAAACCUUUGACAAACUCAGACCAUUGUUCAAUAAAACCUCUUCAAAAUGAGUCUCUAAACACAGCCCUGUGUUGAAAUACCUGGUUUGACUUUCUGGGAAAUUUCAGUGUAAUUUUAAGUCAGUUCAUGCUCCCUGAAGUUCCUGCUGGUGCUGACAAAAAGAAGGUAUAGCAGUCUGUCUUUGUGUGCAGAACUUUAAAGAAAAUCUUUUUUAUGGCUGCUACAAAAAAAAAGCUUUAUUAAUCUACACACCAAAGAAUAGUGCUUGGACACCCCUUUUCAAAAUACAUUUGCCCUUGAGCAGAAAAUUUCCAUCAGGCUUUAAUGGCAGGAGGGAACAUUUGAUAGAAAUGCACUUCAGUAUCCUCUCUGAACCUGAAAGUCUUGUAAACACUGCACAACAAAAACUUGCCAUAGUCACUUUUUUUGCCUCUGUACUUGACAAGAGGGUCAUGUCAAACUGUAAGGUACAGAUCUGAUCGGAGUUAAAAUCAUGCAGAAUCCAAGUAGAGGGUGUUUAAGUUUCAAAUGCAACAUCGCAACCUUUUUAAACCACCUGCUGCUUUCUCUGUCCUCGCUACAGGGCACUGCUUGGACCCCUCAAACCUUUGCUCUGACACCAAGGAGUCCAGCGGCGAGUGUGAGCAGGCAGAGUCAGAGCCAGCUGAAACAGUGACAGAGGGCACCCAGAGCUCCCUGGAGGACGAGGGCACCCUUGGUAGCGACAGCGAGCACGUCCACGCUAACGGCAUCCCUGGCACACCCAUUUCUGCCAGCUUCACCCCAUCGCUGCCUGAUGACCGACUGUCUGUCUCAUCCAAUGACACUCAGGUGAAGGACAGGAGCAGAGUUAUAAAAGAUUCAGCACGCUAACUGAUCAAAUGGUUAUUUUUGUUAUAUUUUGGGGCAUUUUUGCCUUUAUUAGAUCGGACAGCUUAAGAGAGAAUCCAACCAGUGACCGCUUAACCACCUCUAGGCCAUCAGUGCCUCAACUGAUUAAAAGUUAUUCAUAAAGUACAAGUUUUAAAGCAAAAGAGAAACAGCAGAAAUGAUUUUUUCUACUACUGUUAUGUUUCUGGAGUUCACAUUUCUAUUGAACAUUUCAGCCCUGCCACGAGCUCUGUUGGCUAAGCGUCAGAGAAAAAAAAAAGAUUUAAUCUACUUGAUUUAAUCAAAAGGCAAAAUAAUGAUUAAGCUUGUCAACACUCAGGCUGUGAGGACUACUUAUCCCUAAUCAAGGUUAAAUAAAUCUAAAAGCCUGCGAGGCGCACAAUCAGGAAGAUGUGAGCGAAAGAAGAUGCUGUUAACUACACACUAGCUUUGACUGUUUUUGUUCAUCUGCAGGAAUCAGGAGCAGCACCCGGGCAGCCACCAGGUGCAAAAUUCUCCCACAUCCUCCAGAAAGACGCCUUCCUUGUCUUUCGCUCACUGUGCAAGCUGUCGAUGAAGCCGCUGUCAGAUGGACCACCUGAUCCCAAGUAUGAAUUAUAUCAAUGCAGUGUGGGACUGUUGUAUUGCUAGAUUUUUCAUCAGUUAUUUCAAACGCACACUAAAACUGAAACCUGACAAAGAGUGACACAGAUAUCUGCUCUCUAAUUCUUCAUUUUCUCCUUUUUCAUGAUGUUUAUUUAGCAAAACCAACAUCUGUUAAGUGCAAAUAGAUCACAGAUAAAUCAGUGUUCCUGUCAGGUUCAAACCUCUAAAGUAAGGCAGAGUAAAGCCUCUGCAUUUCUUACAAUUUACAGUGAAACUGAGACUCAUCAGCAAGCUCCCCAAAAGGUGAUUAACAGAGACAUUUAAGUUUGCCCCGGUACAUGUUAAAAAUGUUUCCCUUUCACUGAUUAUGUCCCCGUUAUCGUGUUUGGAAAACAGAUGGAGAUCCCAUUCUGCUUUCAAACUGUAUCCAUGAAGAUAUUAUUAUAUGCAAGUCAAACCGCUCUGCCCCCUCUUCCUUUGCCUCCAUUAUUGUUGUGUGUAAGUGUGUCGAGGAUGAGAAUAGACAUGAGUCAUGGUUUAUAAUGAGGAUUGCUCCAGUGAUAGGACUGCUGUUGUGAUAAAGGGUGAUGAAGGAGACUAUGAGGCAUCGCUCAGCAUUUUCUGAAUCACUUCCUGUUUUCUUAAACCCGUGUUUGAGGUUCCUGUUUUAAAGCAGCAAAUGAAGAAAUAUAAUCUAGUCAUGCUUUUGUUCAAUAUCUCUUUGGACCAUGCUCCUGGUUCUUAUAAUUGUUUCGCUGAGAGCUGACGCUUGUAUGAAACAGGAUUUCCUGCAUCUGGUUUCUGCGUGUAACUCAAUUCACACACUGUCUGUGGACUGACCGAUAUGUGUGUGUUUGCUCUUUUGCUCGUCUAAUCUUUUCAUUUCUUUUUCAUGUGUUUUGGAAAAUUGUAGUUCAGCUUGAGUGUGUUUGUUCCUCCGACAAAGGCCAUGUCAAUUACCCCAGCACUGAUGUGACAGAAGCUGUUUAACCUGCUAACAAGGCUGUUUUACUCUUUGUCACACAAAUACCAGACAGCAAACAGCCUAAAGAUGCUCUUUGGAAUAAAAAUCAGAAGUAGUUAGUGUCCCUGAGGUGAAUCUAGAGGAACAAAGUCUUUGUGAGAGUAUGUUAUGAGCUUUUUAUGAGAGAUCUGUAGUUAGUCGUCUCUUGUUGAAUCUGUGCUUAUAAUAGAGGUUUACUGUGGGCACUCAAAUCUGUACAACCUAAAAUGUUGUUUAAUAAUGAUAAUUGUAGGUCUUUGCUUUGAUUAGCCAUAUCAGACUUGAGUUUAAAAAGAAAAAGUGCUUUUGAUUUAGUAUGACGUAUUUUCAUGGUUGGAAUUCUGGGUAAUGUAGUCUUUGGUACAUUCAGGACUAAUAUUUAUCAUUUCUGCCACUGUUACAAACUGUGUAAAUGACAAUAAUUCACCAACUUUUGACUGUAUUUACAAAAACAUUUGACCACCAAUAUUUCAGUCCAUCUUUUAUGUAUAUGUCCAUCUUAUGUUCGUACUUGAGAAAGAGCAGUGAAUCAGUUAACUGACGGUCAUUUUGUCAUCAUUAGUAUCACAUCAGCGUUCUCAAGGCUGGUAUCACUGUAGUCUUUUGUAAUUGAUAACAGAUUUUUCUCAUCCUUUAUAACAGCAUAAAGCUCCAUUAUGAUAUAUGGAAUAAUGCAGUUUAAUAUUCCAACAUAUUGUUCUUUGAAUAGAAUUAUAAAAAUUUGGGAUUUUGUUUUGUUUUUGUUUUUUUUUUCCCUUUAAUCAGGAUAUUUACCUUUUGUUUUUUUAAUAACUACAGAUGUUGCGACAGAAAUCUCUCAUUGCAGUGUUUUACUGACCCCACAGUUUUCUGUCAAGACUUUUAUUUUGAAAAUGUUCAUUCGAGUCCAGCAAUUUUGUUCUCUUUUGUGUUUUAUUAAAAGAAAAACUCAAUAUUGGUGAUAUAUAUUGGCAGCUAGCUGACUUGUUCUUCUAACUGGCAUCAGGCAUUGAAAAAUAAAUUACAGCCAACCAUGUGUACAUACUGUAAAACCUGAUACAAACACCCAGUUUGUUUUGGCAUGAAAGAAAAGGUUAAAAUUGUCUUCCUGUAUGAAUCCUGUAUGUUUUCAAAGACUUGCUAGAUAUCGAUAAGGGAGUUAAGCUCAGUAGUGGCUGGGGUUGUAUUUGUGAGCCACUGAAGAACCCACAGCCUAAGCUUGUAAUUUAUUGCCUUGAACUGAGGCGUCUUUUCAAUCAAAUCAGCAAGCCACAAGAUUUCUUCACAAAAUGAUUUACCGCCAUUUUCAUUAGAUACAGGGUUAUGGCCCAACAAGGCAGAAAAGCGUAGAAAAAACAUUGUUUGACCAUCUUCUUCUGGGCUAAACACAGAAGCACAUUUAAAAUAACUGGUAUAUUGGUCACAGCGGUGUGUAAGCCCACUUAUUUGAUGACAAAAACAUAAAAAGUUCAUCUUAUACAGCAAAUUUCAUGGCAUAUUUCUGCAUUGCAUUCACCAUGAGAGGUCAUGCCUACGUUUUGAAAGAAAUCAAUCUUUUUUGGACGGGGAAAAAAGUCCAGAUUUUUGGGCACUUGCAGGAGAAGUAGAGACAGAUUUUUGUUGUGCCACAUAAAUCCCACUUUGUCUGCCCGCCAGAGAUGGAAGACAGUGCAGAGAGGCAGCCAAUCUCAGCAUAUAAAGUAGCUGAAAGUAUGUUUUUCGAGCUCUAGUUUUUCAGUCCUGCUGCAGAAGCACAGUUCAGACAAGCAAAGGCUCUUCACACAGAAAGACUUUGAUUUAGUCACGCUGGUAGAUCCUUUGAUGGCUGCUAAAGAGCUAAACUCUCAGAUGGAGACAGAUACAGUAUGAUGUGGUCUCAGUUUGAGUUGCAUUCCUGCUUCUUUGAGGUAUAACUUUGUUGAAGGACGAAUAAUUUACUCAUGAGUGCUUAGUUUUAGUGAGACUUUAUUUCUUUUUAUCCCUGGACAUAUUGUUUCUCUGAACUGUUGGUGCUCAUCAGAGGGACGAUGUGUCCACUCCAGCCUUGAGCAGAUGAGAAGUUCUUAGAUGCAGGAGCUAGAUGUAUUCAUAAAGAGUUGGUGUACACAAUACUGUGUGCAUGUGCAGAGAUAAAGACGUCAACUCUCACUGAAGAAUGCACAUACAUGCCCAUCUACACUUUCCUACUUUGCUUUUGCUUCUUCUAAAGCUGUGAUAUAUCCUCUCUUUAAAAACACUGAAACCCUUCCUCAUCAUCCUCCUCCUCCUCUCUCUCCCUGCUUUAGGUCUCAUGAGCUGCGAUCAAAGGUCCUGUCUCUCCAGUUGCUCCUGUCCAUCCUGCAGAACGCUGGUCCAAUCUUCAAGACUAAUGAGAUGUUCAUUAACGCCAUCAAGCAGUACCUGUGCGUGGCAUUAUCCAAGAACGGGGUCUCCUCUGUGCCCGAGGUCUUCGAGCUCUCACUCUCCAUUUUCCUCACUCUGCUCUCCCACUUCAAGACACACCUAAAGAUGCAAAUCGAGGUAACAAAUUCCCUGACGCGCCUCCUGCUUACCAAGGAGAUUUAGGGUUUUGUUGUCAGCAUCCCCGACUUGAAAUAUGAAGAUAUAUCUACUAAGGAAAACAACAAUUUCUUGGCUGACACUCUAAAUCUACCUUGAUGCGGUGACUAAGACAUCUAAAUGUUUCAAGGUUUUCAAGCUGAGGCGUUGCACCUGAAGAAGUGUUUGAAAUUUCUUUCCCAAUACAGACCCUGACUGCAGCUGCUUCAUAACAAUCGGGCAUCUCUACUAGAAAACUUCUUGCCUGAUGCAAUUAAUCCAAUCCGUACUUCCAAAAAUAGGCUUUCUUCAUGACAAAUUCUCUCCAUGUGGUGUUCAGACAGUCAUUUUAUUAGCUCUGUCUUGAUUUAUAUAUGAGGGGGAAACCUGAUGAAGUAUUUGGCUUUUGCAAAUAAGCUUUAUUUUUAUAUCCACCCACCACUUCUUGACGAGACGCAAUGGUUUCACACCUUCUCCAGCAGCUAACAGCCUUUCAGGGGAAUGAAGAGGAUUUCGCACAUGCUCUGUGAUGAAAAGUUUCUAGAAAAUACCAGGCAGGGAACUCUGCUCCUGAGAUUUACUUAGCUGCACCUUUCACACGUAGCCCCUCAUAGCAUGAGCCUCCCCCUGUCAAACAGCAGGGAUGUGGAGAGGAUCUCAGGAGAACCAAAGCUGUGGUAGUCAUGGUGCAAUGUUUUUCAAUCCUAACCAAGUUUGAAACUACUUUCUAUAUGUUUAAAUUCCCUCAAUAUCUUUUUCUCUUUAUUUUUGUUUCCCCCUUCACCUCAUGCACUUGUGUCUUCUUGUAAAAUCGCUGCUGGAUUACUGUCAGAGUAUUGGAGUUGAUCUAAAACAGUUAGAGAUGAAGGCAAGACACUUGUGCCACAGUUUACAUCAAUGCUACAAAUCGCUGAACAUGUCUGUAGUAUCAUUAAAUGAGUGAUACAGAAAAUACUUGAGAGGAGAAGUGGGUAUAAGGUAGUCUCACUUCCUGCAGAUGUUGUUUUCAUUCCAUUAUUUAUUGUUCUUCCUAGUUCACACAGGUGUUUUUUCAGCCAGGAGGUAUUUCAGGUUAUUGCUGUUCACACAUGCAGCUCACCUUGGAAAUUUCAGAGAGUUUUCAGGAGGAGUUUGCAUGUCUUAAAAGGGCUAGAGUAAAAUUAUAGGAGGAAGAAGAUGCAAAUUGCAACACGCAAAGGUACAAAAACCACACAGUGGAGUUACUCCGAUCUCUGCUCGCCCCUGUGCGCUUUAACAACCAGCUUUAGGUUUAAAUUCUCCAGUUUUAAGAUGUUGAAUUAAACAUACGCAUUGAUUCAGCUCCUUCCCUGCAGAGAAACACCACGUACAGUUUAUUUUAACACUGAGAGCUGGAUCUCAGUGCUGCCGGCAGCUGACAGAAGUGAUGGAGGUGAGAUGUGGUUCCUCACACAGCUCUGCGACAUUCCUCAACGCAGCUGAGAGAUGCCUCCUGCCGCUGAUAUUUUAUCACUACUGUAUGCUAGAGUUGGUUCAAAGUUUUUAAUGUGGGACCACCUGCUGUCUAGCAAAGAAAUGUGUUUUUUUUGUGAAAAUACAAAGUGGUAUAGUGAAAAUUCAGGCAGCUAAUAGCUGUUUCUCACCCUCUCUGCAGGUGUUCUUCAAAGAGAUUUUCCUCUACAUUCUCGAGACGUCGACAAGCUCCUACGACCACAAAUGGAUGGUCAUACAAACCCUCACUAGAAUAUGCGCAGGUUUGUGUCCCUGUAAUCCAAUCUACUUUUUUAAAACAUAUGUAUGAGUUAAAGAGAAGCAACUAAUACAGAUAAACCUGCUCGUCUGGGCUAAAUAUUCUUAAACAUCUCAGUUUAAAUAGAGCUUCUGGUUAUUUGAGUUUUAAUUAUUACCCUCCACAUGUGUGUCUUGUCUGUCUCUGUCAGAUGCCCAGAGUGUGGUGGACAUCUACGUGAACUAUGAUUGUGACUUGAAUGCUGCUAACAUAUUCGAGCGGUUGGUCAAUGACCUCUCGAAGAUUGCACAGGGUCGUGGAGGCCAUGAGCUCGGCACGACACCAUUACAGGUAAUACUUUAACUUUUGGCACCCUUUUAUCUCUAAUAAAUAAAUCAUUUCUUUUGACAUUUGAAGACAUUUUGAUUUCUUUUUAUGUUCCAGGAGCUGACUCUGAGAAAGAAAGGCCUUGAAUGUUUAGUUUCCAUCCUGAAAUGUAUGGUAGAGUGGAGUAAAGACCAAUACGUCAAUCCCAACUCCCAGACCAGCCUUGGUAAGACACUAAUGAAAAUGAAUAGAAGGUGGCUCUAAUUCCCAGCUUUAAUUUGGAUGGUACUUAUUAAACAGCUUUUCUGACUUUCACCAUAAAAGUUCAGAUCAAUGUUUUCUGCUCUGCGGGGACUCGAACUGAACUGUUAAAAAGUGUGCAUUCAAGAUGAGCCUGCCAAGGUUAAAAGCAGCCUUUCUCCCGAUCAGCUCUGUUUUUGGCAGCAGUUUAUCAUCCAGGUUAACUGGGGUUAAAGAUAAAGCUCACAUCCCUCAACUCAGUUGGCUGCGAUCAGUCGUGGGACUGACGGUUGGCAUUCAUCAGCUACGACUCUGAGGGGGAAGCGAGCAUCCAUCAGCUCAACUCCUGCCGGAGGAGGCAGUGAGAUAAAGCCCACAGGGUCAGGCUGAAACAGGAGGCUUAGUCUUACACAGAGCAACACCUGAAGACAAACUGAACAUCUACAACAUACAGCGUUCAUCCUGUGUGCGUGUGACUGAACCCUUGGUCAACGGCACAGCAGAGGACUGUGUUGAUUUCCAAAAAGAGGAGCUCACACCAGGAAACUAGUGUAACUUUGUAAAAAGGCUGGAAAGAUAAGCCCUCGGAAAUAUCUAUAGGCUAGCCUGGGGCUGAGCUGUCAGGGCUAACUAGCAGAGUCAGAUGUGUUUGCUCGCAGGGGUUUUAUCCUGCCAGAACUAAAAAAAAAAAAAACCUAAUCUCAUCAGUAAUCUAGCGGGACAUCUAAAUUUGAAUUUUUAAUGUUAGAUUUGUGCUGCUGGCUGCGGGGGACUCAAACUAAGAUCAUUUUCAUCCUUGUUUGUUGACAUGCUGUAGACUAAAUUUCAAAACAUUUGAUAAUGUCAGUAAAAGAUGACAUCUUUGACUUGUUUGUCCUUGUUUUCUUCCCUUUUUUCAUUUCAAAGCAAGAGCAGGUAAAAACUAGACGAGAGAACGUGUUGCUGUGAUUUAGAUUUAGAAGAUCUGGUGCUAGUCUUGCAUUAUAUACCCUGUUUGUUAUGAAUUUUGCUGUUAAUAGCAUCCAAAACUAGGAAUGGAUUUAGUUAAACUAAUGUAGAAACAGAUGCCAUGUGGGUUAAACUGCCGGUUUGUAUGUUUGUGUAACUGUAAAAAGAGUUUAACAGCCUGAAUCUUUGGUUUAUUCCCCGUCCUUCCCCUGUAUUCCUCCUCUUUUGCCUCUCUGCUCUGUAACUCUAACUCAUAGAAGCUCAGCUCAUGUUACUGUGACACCGUCCUGAAUGUUUUAACAAGUUUCCGAUUAGUAAUCAGACGCCCGGCCGAGCUCGAGGUUUCAGCUGCUCCAGCUGAGCUCGGCUUGGCAGGGUUCAAAAACCACCUUUUUUUGGCCUGUAAGUUUUUGGCUGCUUCCUCUCUGACCGUCUGGAGCUUUUUAGAUAACCUCAAGCGCUGCCUUGCACCUGCUCUGUUGCGAAUAACUGUGUAUUUUUGCAGACUUUGGUCUUUUGUGCAUGUGAGUAACGUGCAUCCCCUCCCUGCUAGCAACAAUCAUUAAGAAGCCCUCAGGGUCAUUUUGUUCUGUGCUGCAUUUUCCUCUUUCAAUUACACGAGCCUCUCUCCUGAAGCAAAAGAUUGAAGUUGGUUCCCUGUUUAAGUCUCCAGGCCGAGUUUGUGCCAGCAACACACUUUGAAUUAAAAUUCUCACCUUUGUGAUGGUUUCAGGCGCCCACUUUGAGCAGUGCAGAUAGAAAUACUUGUUAUUUCCGCUCAUCUUUCUUCGCUCCUGGGUUGUCUCAUCUUGAUGAUUUCACUCGUUAGGUCAAGAGAAGCCAUCAGAGCAGGAGAGCACAGAGACCAAGGCCCAGGAGACCAUAAACCGCUAUGGAAGCAUUAACUCUCUGGACUCUACAGCAUCGUCUGGUAUCGGCAGCUACAGCACACAGAUGUCCGGCACUGACAACCCAGAGCAGUUUGAGGUCCUCAAACAGCAGAAGGAGAUCAUCGAGCAAGGCAUCGACCUGUACGUUUUUGUUACAUUUGCAUAUCAGUUUCAUUCUGUCUUUUCUCAAUGCAAGCUACAGUGUUUUUUUUAUCUCUAUCUGCAGUUUCAACAAGAAACCAAAGAGAGGAAUCCAGUACCUUCAAGAGCAAGGCAUGCUGGGGACAACUCCAGAGGAUCUUGCACAGUUUUUGCACCAGGAAGAGAGGCUUGAUUCAGUAAGAAAUUACUCUCACCUCAUUUAGUUCAGGAUUUUUCGUUUACAUUCAUCCUAGUGUUUUUCAGCUUCUGGUUUGUCUCCUUCAUGUCUUAACAAUACAUUAUAGACCCAGAAACUUUGGUCUUACUUGCCAUGACAGACACAAAACGGCUCAUCCAUCUCCAGCUGCUUUAUUUGGCUUUGACUGAAAAUAAGCGACUAGAAGCUAAAAAGAAAAAGCAGAAUUCUUGGCUAACAAACAAGUCAGUGUUUUGUUCCAUGUACUGGAUAGUCAGACCAAACAGAAGCCACCUAAUAACUUUAUUCCUGUUGGACGACAUGAAACAGCGACCCCGGCCCUCAAAAAGAGCCUUACAAGCAGCGUGAAUGUUAACACUAAUGAGCAGCACACUCCGCCUUGAUUGGACGGCCUCGAGGGUGUCUGCGCGGGGUAGUAAUCAGCGUUAAAGAGCUUUCAUAACAUCUUAUUAAAAAUGAGAGUCCUUGGAUGCAGUGGCAUUAAAACAGAGUCAAAAAAUGAAAGUCUAACAUGUAUUUACCUCAUCCACACUAGAUCAGAGGCUCUUGUAAAGCUCUACUGGAACAUACAAGUGGUGAAAACACAGAAACAUAAUCUUCCUUUUACUGUUUUAAUCAAUUUUCCUUCUUUUUAUGAGAGGAGUGCAGGCUGAGUUCAGUCACUUCAAACCAGUGAUUAAGAAGAAAGCAUACUUUUGGUUCUUUCAGCAGGAUUUUCAAACUUUCUGCUGUAAUUGUCUGAGUUACACUGUGGUAUUUCAAAAUAAGCCUCACCUCUACUCUGCUAGACUCAAGUGGGAGAAUUCCUCGGAGAUAAUGAUCGCUUCAAUAAAGAGGUGAUGUACGCCUACGUGGAUCAAAUGGACUUCCAGGGCAAAGACUUUGUUUCUGCACUACGUAUGUUCCUCGAGGGCUUCAGGCUCCCUGGAGAGGCCCAGAAGAUCGACCGGCUCAUGGAGAAAUUUGCUGCAAGAUAUCUUGAAUGCAAUCAGGGGUGAGUUUACUUCCCUUUUUUUGAAUAUUUUGACAUUAAAAGUAGGGCCGGGCGAUAUUGCUUCUAAUGAAUAUAAAGAUAUAUUGAGGAGUUCACCUCAAUAACAAUAAAUGGACGAUAACUACUCCACAAGCUGCUCACCCCCUCCUACAUUAACUUCGUCUGCCUCAGCCGCCGUUACAACUUUUGAACCGUCCUCCAUCUCCUCACCUGUCUUUCCCUCUUUGUUAUGGACUGGAUGGGGUGGAGUCAUGCCUCUGACAUAGGACAGCAUCUUCAAGAGACAUGAGACCAUAGCCUACCUACACACAUCCAAAACCAACUUUUAUUACCUCCGCCAAGGAGGUUAUGUUUUCGGUAGCGUUGGUUUGUUUGUCUGUUAGCAACUUUACGGAGAAAGUUGCGUUAAGUUUUGCAUUUAACUCUCUAAAAAUGGCCAGAGUCUUUAGUAAAAAAUGACACAAAAGGAUCUCAAUGAGUUUUAUGAGGUGUCAAAGGUUGAUCCUGAUCCAGACAAAAUUCCGGAUACUGUGAUCCAGAACACACAAAAAUAAGGGUGUCGUUGGAAUUUUCAAUGCUGAAAGAUAACCAGUGGGCGGUACAGUGGUGUAGUGGUUAGCACUGUCGCCUCACAGCAAGAAGGUCCUGGGUUUGAAUCCGGGUCAGGGCAUUUCUUGUUUUAGGAACAUUAUGAACAGUGAACAUACCAGUUUAAACACAAAUAAACAUUAAUAAAAGACACAUAACAGUAAAAGUUUUGCUGUGAAUCACAAUAUAAGGGGGGGACAUGAGCUGCUUGGUGGAGGUCUGCGCUCUCCGAGUGCUUUUCUAGUUUGUUUAUUUUUUUGAGACAAAAAUAUUGACAUGGGCAAAAUGGGGUCCGUUAUAGUCGAAAAUAUUGGUAUCGAUAAAUUUUCGGUUUAUCGCCCAGCCCUUAUUAAAAGAGCUAAGUCUGAAUUUUUGUGGCCCAUGUUUGUGUUUCACUUCAUGCAAUCUGUCUUUCCCUUUCCUCUUGUUCUCUUCAAUUUUCAGGCAAACCCUCUUUGCCAGUGCUGACACCGCGUACGUCCUUGCCUACUCAAUCAUUAUGUUGACAACAGACCUUCACAGUCCACAGGUAAGCGCUUCACCUCAACAAGGAAAACCUCUUUUGGGAAAACAUUAUUGCGGCUGUCAUUCCCCCAGACCAGCAGCUUCUGACCCCCCAUCCUUGUCGUUGUCUGCUUAGGUGAAGAAUAAGAUGACAAAAGAGCAAUAUAUCAAGAUGAACCGAGGCAUCAACGACAGCAAAGACCUACCUGAGGAAUACCUCUCAGCCAUCUAUGACGAGAUCGCGGGGAAAAAGAUCGCAAUGAAGGAGACGAAAGAGCUCACCAUGAAGUCCAACAAGCAGAGUGAGUCUCGCUGCUAAGGGAGGUCUCAGAGAUAUAUAUAUAUAAACAAAUAUGACAGUUUGACAGCACCAUCUCCACAGAAAUGAAAAACAGACGGUAGAGAACUCUUUGGAAUAUAAAGUUUUGGAAAGAAAUAAUGCAGAGUGUUUCAGAUUAUUUUGAUUUUAUGCAAAAAAAGACAAACACUGAAAAGCUUUAGAUGGAGACACAAAGGGUUGAGAAUUGGGUGGAUAUAAUACAGGAUACACACAAUGAGAAAAUUGAAAUUCUCUGCCAUGUUGGAACUGGACAAACGGACAAAAGAGGAUCCUUUAUGAAGUUCAGAGCAGCCUAUUACUGAGAUAGGGUGCAGCUUAUCUAUGUGCAGCAUCUGAAAAAGCCAGUACUGUGUUUGGAAAAGCUCAGACUGUGUUUUUGUUCGUGCUUUGCUCCUCAUUCAGGUGUGGCCAGUGAGAAGCAGAGGCGUUUGUUGUACAACGUGGAGAUGGAGCAGAUGGCUAAGACAGCAAAGGCUCUGAUGGAGGCUGUCAGUCACGUCCAGGCUCCCUUCACCAGCGCCACACAUCUGGAACACGUCAGGCCCAUGUUCAAGGUAGACAGGCGGACACACACACACACACACACACACACUCACUAUUUAGUUUUGCUCUUCUGCUCAUCUGUCUGUUUUUUCCUCAGCUGGCAUGGACCCCCUUCCUGGCUGCUUUCAGCGUGGGGCUUCAGGACUGUGAUGACACUGAGGUGGCCUCGCUGUGUCUCGAGGGAAUCCGCUGUGCCAUCAGGAUAGCGUGCAUCUUCUCCAUCCAGGUACUGCGGUCUAAACUAGCAGAGAGUUGUCUUGCUGCUUCAGAUGUCGUACAUCAUUCUGACACACUGCCUUGUAUCUGCAACAGCUGGAGAGAGAUGCAUAUGUGCAGGCCCUGGCGAGAUUCACCCUGCUGACCGCCAGCUCCGGCAUCGCAGAAAUGAAGCAGAAGAACAUUGACACCAUCAAGACCCUCAUCACGGUCGCUCACACCGAUGGCAACUACCUGGGCAACUCCUGGCAUGAGGUUUGAGAUCUCAUUUCACUAAAAACUAUCCCUCAUUUGCUGUUUUUCCUCACAAGACCGUUCACUGUAUCAUCUCAUCUUAUCCGUCCUCCUCAUCUCUUCCUGUGCUGAUUCAAGCAGUGAACCACAAUUGGCUUUAUUCCUGAUGGGAUUAAUGUUUUUUAAGAACAACAUGAAACAAGCAAGAGCAGUCUCCUGUGGGUAACCGCUUUAAAAAGGAGUCUAAAAACAACAACACUGUGUUAAAAUGAUGCAGCGUUUGUUACUCUCUGGAUAAGCAGUAAAGAUUUGCAGCUGUAGCUUCCUGGAAUAGAUGCCUCACCCCAGAUGACCUAUUUGAAAUCUAGUGUUUUCUGAAGAUGAAAAAUCACGCAGUCAGAAGACUUUUUUUUAUGCCACAUACUCCAAUCUAAUGUUUUGACUCAGUUUUCGUUUGUUUUGUUUAUUUCCUAACUCAUGUCAUGUUUCUGUCUCGUGUGCUCCUUUUCCUCUGACAGAUUAUGAAGUGCAUUAGUCAGCUGGAGCUGGCUCAGCUGAUCGGUACGGGGGUGAAGGCACGCUAUAUCUCAGGGACGGUGCGAGGCAAAGAGGGCUUCGUGACAAGUACAAAGGAGCAGAACAGCGAUGAGUAUCUUGGACUCGGUCAGCAUGACUUCAUUACUACAGUGAAUUAGCCCAAACUACAAUGACUUCUAACUGUGAUGCACAUCCUUAGACUCCUAACCUCUUUAUUUGUUUUGCUCUGUAGUUGGAGGGACUGUGGAUAGAAAGCAGAUUGCCAGCAUUCAGGAGUCCAUCGGAGAGACCAGCUCCCAGAGUGUAGUGGUGGCUGUCGACAGGUACCGCAGACGUCAGGAAUUCAUUAAUUCGAAUUCAUUAGGCGUACAGGGAGAUGGUUUCUCACUUUUGUGAACUGACAUUUUAAGAUUUAUUAUGAAUCCAAAACCAAUUUUAGCGCAUGUGUCUCUUUGGGUUACUAAUUGACAGAAUUUUGGUUCUUCCUGACUUUUCUCCAAACUGUUUUAUUUCAGCUCUGUAACUUCUGACCUACCUGCAGUCGUAUAUUUCAAAAUAAAAGCACACAGUUACAAUGCAGGAAAUGAAGCAAUUAAACAGUGAAGUACAUCAAAAUAACAGCAUGACAAACAAUUGUUUUAUGAGGCAUUGUCUUCUCCAGAGAAACUUCAGUCACAGAGCCACUGAUGUGGAUAAAUCCCUAAUUUGAAAUUUAAUUUAAUUUAAUUUAUUUUCCAUUAACAUCAUGAUAAUAUUGUUAGAUUAUAUGUUAUUACCACCACAAUCAUGAGGUGAAAGUCUUAUAUCAUGACAGUCCUGUGACAAACAGAUGCCGCAAGAGUAAAGAUAAAGCUCAGAAUAUUUAAAUAUCAGUACAUUUUAGUGCACCUUUGUUUAAUCACUUUUACUUCUUGAUUUAUGUUCAUUUUCUCGCUCUUUUAUUUCUGUGCCUCAAGCUGUACUUCCAACAUCCGCCUGAUUUAAUUUUAGGGUUAUGGUACUAAAGUCGUUUCCAGCUUUUAGAUGCAGAUAGAAAGGAUAGACAGAAAUGUUUUGUACAUUAUGCAGAGUUUCACUGAACAGAUUGUACUUUUUUCUUUUUGAAUUGUUAAAAUAUAUUGAUGAGGAGAAAACCUUGACAUCUGCUUUCACUCUGAGUUUUUAAAGUCAUAUUUAAUGAUAAAUUUCCAACUCAGUGCAGCACACUCAGUCUGUUUUUUAUUGACAUGUAUUUUUCCCCUUGCAGAAUAUUCACUGGUUCUACCAGACUGGACGGCAAUGCAAUAGGUGAGUGAAGUUUUUGGCGCUUCAUGCUGUUGUGUUCUUCUUUUUACAGCGAGGACAGGUGCAUUCAGGCUAUUUCUGAUCACUGUGACUCACUUUGCCUGAACAAAGCAAUCUUUUCUUCUCUUAUUGGAAACGUCUUGUCUAUUUUUUUUUUUCAGUUGAUUUCGUGCGCUGGCUGUGUGCUGUGUCCAUGGAUGAGCUGGCCUCGCCCACACACCCACGUAUGUUCAGCCUGCAAAAAAUAGUGGAGAUCUCCUACUACAACAUGGGCCGCAUUAGGCUGCAGUGGUCCAGGAUCUGGGAGGUUAUUGGAGACCAUUUCAACAAGGUGGGUGAGGAUUCUGGAGAUGUAAUGCCAUGAAGCUGAACCGUAUUUUUAAGAAAUAAAAAAAACAGUGUAGAUAUAGAUUUAUUUAUGUCUAAUAGGUAGGAUACUUUACAACCUUAUAAGCUGUGAAUCUUGAGGAUUAUCUUCCCCCGUUUAGAAGAGACUGAAUAAGCAGCAAGAAAAUUUUUAUUUCUCACCUACUUUCUGUUUUUUUUUACUGAAAGAUGACUACACUCUCUAAAAACCAAAGAGAAGUUGUCAGGGAAGCUUUUUACUAGUGUGAUUUUCAAGGAGAAAUGUCAGACUGGCACUUUUCACCAAGUAGCUCAAAUCUGAAUGGAACGGCAAUGAUGAAGUGAAUCCUUUCAAAAAAUCAUCUUUAAUCAUGUUGAAGUAAACAAAACAAAGCACUCCUUCUAUCUAGAGGGGUUUAGGUCACCUGUUGGAUCUAAAAACUUGCAAAAGAUAAAAAGUUCAAAGAAAAAAAUUGUGUUUGUCUUUUUGCGCAGGUUGGCUGUAACACAAAUGAAGACGUGGCGAUCUUCGCUGUGGACUCUCUCAGACAGCUGUCCAUGAAGUUUCUGGAGAAGGGAGAGUUGGCCAACUUUAGAUUCCAGAAAGAUUUUCUACGACCUUUUGAGCACAUCAUGAAAAAGAACAGGUAGAGAGACAACAAUGUACAGGAUGAUGUAUUGUGAGCAGGUGGUUAAAUGGAGAAACAUCACAGUGCAGAUCUGUAGUAUUGGCCCACACACUCACUCGCAGUAGUUACUAUUUCUAGGCUGUUUCGCCUCUCCACCUCUGUAUCAGCUCAUCUGCUCUUCAAGCUCCUUCUCUCCGUCUUGGUCUCUCUCUCUCUCUCUCUCUCUCUCUCUCCUCUUUAUCUUUCUUAAAGCAGUGAGUAAGCAUGUUGUCUAGUUUUUGGCUCAAAAAAGCAGCAGGCAAACAUUUGAGUGACCCAUUUCAGUCUGUUUGCAUUAUGCCUUUCAGUGAAUUCAUGUAAAAGCUUUUUUCUCCACCCCCCCUCCUUGCUCUUUCCUAGACGUUUUUGAAUGAAUUUGAGCAGCUUUCAGUUUUAAAUGAGUUUGAAUCUGGCUCGUGUAAAUGUCUGCGUGCAGCACGUCAAAAGGCAAGCUGUUUCACUGCAGCACCCUUUUUUUCAUUCAUGUGAAAGAGAAGUAGCAGUGUAAGUAUAAAUCCACCCACAGACUGAACAGGCUGAGAGCUUCCACAGAGAGGAGAUGGCAGGCAGCCAUGUAAACCCUGCAGCGCAGUGUGUCCAUUAGACUCUCUCAUGCUGCCUUCCUCUGUGCGGUUUGUGUGUGUGUGUAGCUGUGUGUGCAAAACUAAAUGGAGGCAGAGUUUUUCUCUCAUUCACAACUACAGAGCAAUUAGGAAAGCUCUUCACUAUGGCAACAGUUGCUGCAAAAAUCUGUUGUGCAGAGAAUAGCCAGAGUUGGGAGAAUAAAUCUGACUGAGAAUGAAACUGAGGAUGUUUAAAAAAACCUUUCAAAGAUGAUUGACACUCAUAAAGAGGUCACUUUUGUUCUUUUUCAACUAACUUGCCUCACCUCACCCUUCCUAGUGCUUCUCUUUCUAGUUUUUUUUCCACUUAAAUAUGUUUUUAAUCCCUGUUUUCUCCUUCUCUUCUUGAGUGAAUGAGUGUUCUAUUGCGAACAUGCAAUAAAUAAUCAAAACAGAAUAUAGGACGUAACCAAACACAUGCACACCAUAAAUAAAAGAAAAACAAAGACUGCUGGCAACAACCUGCAUGUGUAGCCGAGGAAAGGAGUAGGAAGAAGUUUACACUACUUUAAUCCUACCCCUUUAAUCAACAGUUCCUAUAGUGAUAUUUUAAUAUACACAUAUACAUAAACAUCAUACACGUCUAUACAUAAAUAUAUGUAUACUAUACUUACAAAUACAUACACAAACAUAUACCACAAUAUGUGCACAUAUAUCUACAUAUACACAGUUUGUUUUUUAUAACUGCCAUUACCACCCUGGGUCAAACUACUGCUUUUCAUACCUAUAUUUGUUUAAUAGUUGUGCUUUGAAUAUUCUUUUGUUCCAUAAUUUAACUCAUUUGUCUCACAUCCAGAUCUCCCACCAUCAGAGACAUGGUCGUCCGCUGUAUAGCCCAGAUGGUUAACUCCCAGGCAGCAAACAUCCGCUCAGGCUGGAAGAACAUUUUCUCUGUCUUCCACCUGGCUGCUUCGGACCAGGAUGAGAGUAUCGUAGAGCUGGCCUUUCAGACCACCGGACACAUCGUCAGUAAGUCCAGCGCACACUGACACACAUGGUUGCAGUAGUAGUCCUGUGUUUGUAGUUUGUGAGAGGCAGAGAGUGCUUAAGGGGGAUACAUUUGUCUCCAUCUUUCUUCACAUCUGUCUUCAUCUACCCCUUUACUCUUCUGCUGUCUUCUCUUUCUAUCCGUCUCCCAGCGAAUGUAUUUGAAAAGCACUUUGCGGCCACCAUCGACUCCUUCCAGGAUGCUGUUAAGUGUCUGUCCGAGUUUGCCUGUAAUGCCUCCUUCCCGGACACCAGCAUGGAAGCCAUCCGCCUCAUCCGCCACUGCGCCAAAUAUGUGUCCGAGAGACCACAGGUUAGCGUCAGAACAAACAAAUUCUGUGUAUUUAAACGCCCAAACUGUGAAUUUUAUUCCGUAGUGGAUGAAUGAACAAUGAAUAUUGUUGAAAGAGUAUAUGUGUGCAGCUAAAAACGCUCGGAGCAAAGCUUUCGCUGUCAUUAAUUUCUCGCCUUUGACAUCAUAAAAUCCAUGCAUCAAGAGAGCGUAAAAACACUGUGUGGUUAUAAUUCAUGCAAGAACAUGGACACCAUUCAUGCAAAUGUGUUUCAGAGCUAAGCAGGAAAAUUCUCCCCCGAGGCAGAUGGUACAGUGUUUCUUGUUUGUCUGGCAGGCCUUCAAAGACUACACCAGUGAUGACAUGAAUGUAGCGCCUGAGGACCGAGUGUGGGUGCGGGGGUGGUUCCCCAUCCUCUUUGAGCUCUCCUGCAUCAUCAACAGGUGUAAGCUGGAUGUCAGGACCAGGUAGGAGGGGUUUACUGUGAGCCUUACACUGCAGGCCUCAGAUAGUUAGCAUCAUCAAAGACCUAAAAGUUGACAUUUCAGCUCCCUUUUUUGUUGGACAUACAAUAUCGUCAGGAUAGAGAAGGUUUCGAAGCAUGUAAUAAUAAAGCAAAUGUCAGCUCUCGCAACUCUGAAAGGCCAAAUUUGUGUGUGUGUGUGUUUCCUUUCCUCAGGGGGCUGACGGUAAUGUUUGAAGUAAUGAAGACAUACGGGCACACGUUUGAGAAACACUGGUGGCAAGACUUAUUCAGGAUUGUCUUCAGGAUCUUUGACAACAUGAAGCUGCCGGAGCAACAGACUGAGGUGCACAGCAAAACACCUUUUCAUAUCUGCUUUUAUUUAGUGUUGGAGAGAGAAGCAAGUGGAAAAUAUCUCACCAAACUUGUUUUGAACCCUCAGAAAGCAGAGUGGAUGACCACCACCUGCAACCAUGCACUUUAUGCCAUCUGUGACGUCUUCACCCAAUACUUUGAGUCCCUCAGUGACGUCCUGCUGGAUGAUAUUCUCGCUCAGCUCUACUGGUGUGUGCAGCAAGGUAAGCAGAAUACAUGUUAUAACCUCCUCCUGUCUGUGUCCUUGCUUUUGUUUUACUCUAAAUGUCUGAUAAAUGAAAUUCAGGGUUGUGAAAUCUUGAGAUCUGGUUUUGUGUGUGGUGGUAUGAUCCAGAUUAGAGCCUUUUAAGUGCAGCACCAAUACAAGUUCUGCUUAUAAAAAAGAUGAAGGUCAAGCAAAUGUGUUUCACAUUUUUAGUUUUAUUUUAAGUUUAUAAAAGGCAUAAAUCUCAGCGGACUCUAAACUCCGCUUUUUUGUCUCCCCCUCCUCCUCCUCCUCCUCCUCCUCCUCCUCAUCCUCCUCAUCUGUGCCCCUGAAGAUAAUGAGCAACUUGCCCGUUCAGGCACAAACUGUCUGGAGAAUGUGGUCAUCUUGAACGGGGAGAAAUUCUCCCUUGAGACCUGGGACAAGACGUGUAACUGCAUGCUGGACAUCUUCAAGACCACCAUCCCACACGCGUAAGCUCUAAACCACUGUCGAUAACAACCAGCUGUAGACAAAGUCAGAAGAAUAAUUUCGACGUGAGCUGCAUCACUCUCUACUUAUUAAAGCAAAGCAAACUGACUUUUGAGGAAAUUCAUUAUCAGUCAGCAAACACUCAACAUGGCGUGGAGGAUGUCCGAGCUCAGACCAUUUUCUAGCCUGUUGUUUUUCAUUCUGUCUAAGACUGAAUGUGAUUUACUGAGUAAACUGUUUUUCAGGCUGUUAACAUGGAGACCAGCAGGAGCGGAGGGAGAACACUUGACAACACAGAGCCUGUCAGACAAACAGCUGGUGAGAAAAAUCAUUACUUUUCUCAAUAGCAUUCACUCUUUGCCGUAUUUGUUAAUUCUGUUUGCAUAUUGCUUUGACAGUUUUUAUUUCCAAGACUGAAAAUGUUUUCCUCUGUUAGACAGACAUCUUUUCUUUUACAUAAUUAAUGUUCCUGUACUGUGUUAGCCAACUUUAAAGCACUCUUUCUAUUGUGAUUCUUCUCAGGACUCCAUUUCCCAGAAGUCUGUGGAUAUUCAGUCUCGCUCUGACGACCAGCACUCUAUCAGCAGUUCCGACAGGGUCACCAUGGAGAGCCGUCGGCAGAGUCAGUAUGGUUCAGCCUCAGGCAUGUUGGAGGACGGCUCCAGGAGCAGGACCCCAACAAGUGAGCCUGUCACUUUAAACAAAGACUCACAAAUUAUGAGUGUGUGUGUUUUUGUGUUCUGAUGGUCGUCUGUCUGUGUGUUUCCCACAGAGGUUCAAGAGCAGCGUUUGUUCGCGGCUCUGCUGAUAAAGUGUGUGGUGCAGCUGGAGCUCAUCCAGACGAUUGAUAACAUCGUGUUUUUCCCUGCAACCAGUAGAAAGGAGGAUGCUGAGAACUUCGCUGCAGCUCAGGUACGAACAAAAGAACCAUAUUUCUAAUGUUGGUCUGAGUUAACAUUUCAAACAUCUCCUCUACUUGGAUCUACUUUUUCAUCAUUCUGCGCUGCAAGACUAAAGAUGAAAACACUCUUGUGUCUGUGUAAAGCGAGAUGCAGCGUAUGCAGCAGACGUCCAGGUGGAGACCCAGGACCAGGGCAUGUACCGCUACCUGACCUCAGAGCAGCUCUUCAAGCUGUUGGACUGCCUGCUGGAGUCACACCGCUUCGCCAAGGCCUUCAACUCCAACAAUGAGCAGAGGACUUUACUGUGGAAAGCAGGUAAGGCAAAAAUGAGUCAGACUGUGAUAGGCACUCUACCUACAGUUGUGGUUCGGGUAGUGGUACAGAAAUAUUUUUAAGAGCCGUGAGUUAAACUGCGUCCAUCUGUUUGUGUCUGUGUUCAAGGUUUCAAAGGAAAGUCAAAGCCCAACCUGUUGAAGCAGGAAACAAGCAGCCUGGCGUGUGGCCUGCGCAUCUUAUUCCGCAUGUACACGGACAAGAGCAGACAGAACGCCUGGGAGGAGGUCCAGAGACGGCUGCUCAAGUAAGGAAUACUCAUGCGAUGCUUCUCUGUUCCUCUGAAACAGCUGAUGGAGUAAAAUCCUACAAACUCAUCCACCUCCAGUGACAUCAAAUAUGACUCUCAUCUUGUGGAGGGUACUUAAAGGGAUAUUCCGGAAUAAAAUUAAGUUAGGGUCAAACACAAUGUAACACCGAGUUAGACACCCCCUCGAGAGAUGAAUGUAACCGACCGCUUGCUUCUCUAGUUAUACCAACUUUAGUCUGAGGAGCCAUAAACAAACCUCAACCAAAACGCCACUCUACAGCCACAAAUGUGGGGUGACGCAGCUCAAGGAAGAACAUUUAUGAUCAUUUAUUCAUGGAAAGGCAAUCAGACCGAGACACUAAGGCAGAAGAACUACCGCAUCUGCAGUGCAAAAUGAUUAAUAUGAUGAUUAUUACUUAAAGGAAAUGAUAAAGAAAUGAUCAUAAAUGUUCUUCCUUGAGCUGCGUCACCCCGCAGCAGUCAAUGGACUCGCCCGGAGGUCUCGCUACAAACAAGCGGCUGCUAGAAGAGAGUAGAAGAGUUAUGUUUAGUCUCUUGGCUAAAGAAAUCAGGCCAAGUUAAAAAGAUAUUUGGUGUCUAGUACUGUGGCUAGGACCCUAUAUGUACUGUUGAUAAAGUUAGGUGCUGUUCUGAGCAUUAUUUAUGGCUAUAGAGUGGCGUUUUGGUUGAGGUUUGUUUAUGGCUCCUCAGACUGCUGUGUAUUGCUAUCGUGUGGUGGUUACUAAAGUUUGUAUAACUAGAGAAGCAAGCAGUCGGCAACAUUUAUCUCUUGAGGGGGUGUCUAACUCGGUGUUACGGUGUGUUUGACCCUAAAUUAAUUUUACGCCACAGAUGCGAUUAGAUAAAAAAGGGUACUUCCUUUCAGUUUUGGUGCAUGGCCCAUACACAGAGGUUGUGAUCCUCACGCAGAGUGCCUGAGUUUGAUUCCAGUCUGUUGCUUCUUUCCUUCACAUUACUCCAGGCUCUCUCUCCCAAUUUCCAGCCUUAUUUGCUGUCCAAAAAGCUCCAAAACAAAUCAUUUUCUAAAAUCGCUUAGAUAAAAAUGCCAUCACUUCUUCAAUUUCUUCCAUUACUUUCUACCCCACUGUUUUCCAAACUUGAUAAUAAACACUAGAUGAGGAUAAAGAGGGUGGGGCUGCUGUGUGCAGUGUUGUCAUAUGGUAGGUUCAUGACAGCUCCUCAGUCAGCUCCUUUCCUAUCUGUUUUUUUUUUUUUUUUCUGGCGCAUGACGAUCAUUAUUUCACUCCGCCCUUCUUUUCGUUGUUCGUGAGUACAUAAAUAUGCGCUCCGAGCUGAGGGGCAUUUUAUCGGUCAUGACACGGCUAAACCCAAAUCCUCUCUCACACAUUCACUCUCACCCUCCAACGUGUUAAUAUAAAAAUCACGCCGCUCCAGGCGGAACUGUCAGUACUGACCUCAUAGGAAGGAGAAAAUAAAACGAGCGUGUGAGGAGAAGAAAAAGAAGAAGAAGAGGAGGAUGAUUUGAUGUCACUAUCAGCACACACAGCAGAGAAAUACACACACUGGGUAGUUCUCCGAUACAGACGUCGUAUGCUGUAAGGAAUGAGCGCACUGAUGUUUCAUUGUUCACUCAGCACUGCUGUCAUCCCUGCGUCUUUAUCCAGAGUCUCACAAACAGCCCUCACCCUUUUUUUUUCUCCCCCUGCUAUCUCACCCUGAGAUCAAUGAUAAUAUCAGGAUAAAGCAGAGCCAUUGUCUGUCUCCACCACUUGCAUUCAUUAUUACAGGGAAGAUUAUAAAAAGAACCUGAAGGAAGGGUGAGGAUAACGACCCAGAAAUCCUAACUUGUGCAGACGUUUUGUGUCAUCAUGCCUUUCUUUUUAUUUCUGUCAUUUUUUUCCUCAAACAUACGCCAUCCUGUCAUCCAAGAGCAGAACAGGCACACGUUUUCAUCCAUGAAUUACACACACACACACACACACACACACACAUUACUGGAGGCUCUGUGCCAGGGUUGAUUAGCACAGGGUGCAAAGCAGAUUUUAGAGACGGUUAGGUCACCGUGAGGUGGAGGAAAAUGGAGCUGUGAAGGUAAAGGAGGUGGAGGAGAGAGGGAGGGGAAGAGGUGGCUAACAGAUGGUGUGAUGUCAGAGGAGAGCUGCAGGGUCGGAGAAGAGAGGUCAGAGGUCGUACGGGUUGUUAUCAAGCUCAGACUGGAGGAAAAAUCCGAGUUUUUUUGUUUGUUUGUUUGUCGUAGCUUCAUUCAGUGACUUUAAUUAGCAGAUGCUGAGCAAAGGCGGUCUGUCUGCAUCACAGUCCAGCAGUUUAGCAUGUGAUAAAUGAGGCGGGGAGGCAGAUGCUUCAAUACAGCAACACCUCACUGAACCACAAGACAACCAAGGGAUUUAUCUUUAUUUAUUUGUCCUUCAAUGCUUUUUUGUUCACAGUCAAUUUAAGGCUCUUCUUUAAUUUUGUCUCUGUUUGUUUGUUUUUUUUGUGCAGUGUGUGCAGUGAGGCUGUAGCAUACUUCUUGGCUCUGACCUCAGAGAGUCACAGAGAGGCCUGGACCAACCUGCUGCUGCUCUUCCUCACCAAAGUGCUGAAGAUCAGUGACGAAAGGGUAAAAAGACAAAUCUCUUGGCGCUAUUCCUGACCUAACGGGUGUGCAAAACUGUGUGUGUGGGCGUCCAUGAUGUUUUACAGUGAGGUCUGAAACACAAAAGUAUCAGCUCAGGUAGCUUUAUCAAAACACACUGGAGCAGAUCGGUCUCAUUGGCAGCCGGUUUUUAACACUUUCAGGCUGUUUAAAUGAAAAAAAGAGGGAUUCAAAAUAUCUUGAUCAGUUUGGAGUCGCCUCCUGCAAUUUUAAGUCCUUACAGGAGUUCAUUUCUCUUUAUUACACACUAUUUCUCUAUUACUCUUAAAUUACUUUAUUUACUUUUAAAGAUCAGCAUUUUAUUGGGAGGCUGUUUAGUCUGUUUGUGAGUCAUUUCUUUUAUUAACCACAGAAAAUCACAGUCUUUUUAAAGUUUUGACUCAAGCUGAGAGAAUUGAAGAGAGUUAAACUGAAUAAAAAGGAUGUUAAAGCACUAUUGUGUUUAUUUCACAACAAUAUAAUAAGCUUUGGAUGAUGCAUUCAACUCUAGAAGCCUAAAGUAGGUAAAGCUAAAAACCCGGUCUCUCUGCACUCUACCUUUGACCAAUUUUACCUUUUGAAAUGUCGUCAACUAGCCUUGCUUCAGAUAUCAUGUCAUAGUUCUGCGCACUAGUGUUACAGCGACAUGUUUUUUGUACCAGUGUUAUGACAACACGGAGGAAAAGCCUUCAGUAUCAGCACUUUUGGUUUGUCAUUGUCACUUCCUCACCGACCAAUCAAAAUGAAGAAAAUUCGAGACUGUGGCUAAAAGGAAACCAAACAGCCUGUUUUUUUUUAAGGUUAUAGUUUCUAGGUCGUUUCUUUGCUUGUCAUUUUUUACUGUUUCUUUGUAGCAUUACCUUGAACAAAACUUUAAUCAUGAAGAGCAUUUUGAACCGAUUUGACAGUCAGUACUGAGGAGAAAGAGAAAGACAAGUGCUGUGAAACAAUGUUUAUAACCUAGCAACUGUAAGCGCUGGUUCAAAGCGGUCUGAAUUUCAGGUUGCUUGCGGCGAAAAACAGGGAGUUGACGGUGAACAGACUCUUAAAUAACAAAAAGAGAUUAGAAGAGAGUGAUGCUGUUUUCAACUUAUGUCUGUUUUGUAUCUUAUAAUAAGCAAAUAAAUCAGAUUUUAGUUUCAUAAUCCUGUUUUCCAUUGGUUUGUCUCUCAUGCUCUUUGUCUGUCUGUCCUUCAGUUUAAGGCCCAUGCGUCCAGGUACUACCCUCUGCUCUGUGAGAUCAUGCAGUUCGACUUGAUCCCUGAGCUCCGGGCUGUUCUGAGGAAGUUCUUCCUGCGUAUUGGCCUUGUGUUCCACAUUGCACAGCUGCCUGAGCCUGAAGCAGAGCCUCAGCCAGCCUGUGUCUCACAAGAGGUGGAUGCAGAGGUGGCAGAGAUGGCAGAGGACGCUGGGGAGGAGGCCCAGUGA